UUCGCAUUCGACCGACGUCUUGGUUUAAAGAAUCUCGGGGACAAGACCUUUGAUGAUGACUUGACUUCUGCCGACUGACUGGACUGAGCCGCGGCUACCAGCAGGGUACACGAAACGAUAUCACCGGGCGAAGCGGGAUAAACGUGAGUGAUUUGCUCCGGUUUGUCGUUGUGCAUCGGGAGUUGCUUGACAAUCCCAGGUGACAAAACGUCGAAGAAGAGAGAGAACAGGGGAGGAGAGACGCAAAACGGACAUCCCCUUAGAUUAGUUUAUCCGAACAAGCCACAAAGUUCGCGACAGUUCGAAGGAGCCGCCAAGUUAUCGGAUUCCUCGACUUGAGAUGAAGCGACAACAGUCCCAGGAACAACAGAGGCAGCUGCAGCAGCAGCAGCAGCAGCAGCAGCGGCAACAGACCGUCAUGCAGGAACAACAGCAACAACAGUACAUGCAGCAACGGACGGAAAGACAAGUUACGCGGCAACAGAUCACCAGUCAGCAGAGAGUUCAAGGGGAGAUCGUGAUGCAAACGUCACCAAUGGUACCAGUAUUCACCGGUAAACCCGGCGAUCCCUCGCCGCCCAUUUUCGAACGAAUCUUCAAAAAUGCGCGAUUCGCGCAGGGCGGCAAUGCGAUUUUCGAAGGCUGCGUGCGGGGCAAUCCCAAGCCGACGGUCUCUUGGACGCACAAGAAUACGCCGUUAUUGGAGUCACGAAAAAUUCGAAUGUCGUAUGACGACAAUACUGGAGUCGUCACCCUCCAAAUUAAUCAGAUCGGUCCAGGAGACGAGGGCGAGUACACGUGCAGCGCGAAGAACCAAUAUGGCGAAGCGAUCUGCUCCGUUUACAUACAACCCGAGGGAUUCGGUCUUCCGGCGCAACAGUUGGCAGACAGUUACAAGAAGGAGUUUACGCAAAGCUUCCAGUCGACCGAACAGAAGAUGCAGACCGGAGGUCAAGUCUUCCAGCAACGAAGCUACCAGCAAACGGUAGAUAAAAGAAGCUACAUGAAUGGUACAUCGAUGAGCAUCGAAGACUUUAAGGUCGACACCUUCGAAUACAGACUGUUGCGCGAAACGGAGUUCCGCGAGUCGAUCACUCGCCGCUUCGUCGGCGAGUCCGACUUGCAAAUUUCCACGACAGUCGAACGCGCCCUAGGUCCGGUAGCACCUCCGCAGAUCACGCAGAAACCCAGAAACUCGAAACUCGUCGAAGGAUCGGACGCUGUGUUCACCGCGAAGAUAACCGGCAAUCCUAAACCGAGGUUAACGUGGUUCAAGAACGGCCAGCGGAUCAAAGACUCUCAACGUGUGGAGACGAGCUAUUCGAAUCAGCAGGCUACCUUGCGAAUCCGAGGGGCUCUGUCGGAAGACAGCGGCCAUUACACCUUAUUGUCCGAGAACCCUCAAGGCUGCACUGUCAGCUCCGCUUACCUAGCGAUUGAGCCGAGCGAUCAGGUGGAUCAAGUCCCGUAUCAAGCGCAUCAGAGGGAAUUCAUUCAGACUCAACAAGUAGAAUCGACCACCGAGUCCACCGACUCUGGAAAAGCAUUGCCGCCAAAUUUCGUUCGCACCUGUACGGAUAGGGAAGCUACCGAGGGCAAGAUGACCAGAUUCGACUGUCGCGUAACCGGCCGCCCGUAUCCCGAGGUGACUUGGUACAUAAACGGCCAACAAGUCGCCAACGACAUGACACACAAGAUCCUCGUGAACGAGUCCGGCAACAACUCGCUGAUGAUCACAAACGUGAGUCGCGUCGAUGCCGGUGUCGUGACGUGCAUCGCUCGCAACAAGGCCGGUGAAACCUCAUGUCAAUGUAACCUGAGCGUCCUCGAGAAGGAGCAAGUGGUCGCGCCGAAAUUCGUCGAGCGCUUCGUCACCACGAGCGUGAAGGAAGGAGAACCCGUGGUCUUCACGGCGCGCGCAGUCGGCACGCCGAUUCCGCGUAUCACAUGGCAAAAGGACGGCGUGCCGAUAACCCCCGGCCCUGACGUACGCAUAUCGAGCGACGGUAGCGGAGCUGCGACUUUGGAUAUCCCUCGCGCCAAAUUCUCUGAUGCAGCCUGGUACCAGUGCACCGCGCAAAACGUAGCCGGCUCCACCGCGACCCGAGCGCGGCUCUUUAUCGAGACACCGAAAGGCACGGCCCCGGAACCAAGACGCCUGAAUUUACCCCGACCGACGAAAAUCAUCGAACCAGAACCAGCGCCUGGCCCCGAAGUGAUUUACUUGAGACACGUGGAGCGCGCGAAACCCUACUUGCCGCCAUCCGAGGAAGAUAAGAUUUACCCGCCGCCACGUUUCAUCAUACCGCUAAGGGACGUCCAUCAGAUCGAAGGUGGACGAAUUCACUUCGAGGCCAGAAUCGAACCGGUGGGCGACCCUACCAUGAGGGUGGAGUGGUACGUCAACGGCAGAGCACUCGACGCGAGUUCCCGAGCAACAUCCAUCUUUCGCUUUGGCUUUAUCUCGCUCGAUCUCAUUAGUAUCGUUCUUCAAGAUAGCGGCGAAUACUUGUGCCGCGUCGUAAGCUCGACCGGAGUCGCCGAGUCUCGCGCCACCCUCAGCGUGACCCCACGCGCUACGAUUGAACAAGCGAGCCAACACCCCGACAGUCUCCAGUAUAUUCAACAGCUCGAGGAUUACAGCAAGUACCAAAGGCAGGAGAGCGUGGAGGAGACCUCUUCACAGCGGCCGGUUUUCAUCCGCCCGCUCCAGGAUCUUGGUGAGCUACAGGAAGGUCGAAACGCCCACUUCGAGGCGCAAUUGACCCCUGUUAGCGACCCCACCAUGAAAGUGGAGUGGUACAAGGAUGGAAAACCAAUCACAGCCAGCUCAAGAAUCACUAGCAUCUUCAACUUCGGAUACGUCUCGCUCAAUAUAAUGCACCUACGGGCUGAAGAUGCAGGUUCUUACACAGCAAGGGCUGUGAACCGCUUGGGAGAGGCCAUCAGCUCCGCGACUCUCCGUGUCUUCGCGCGAACAAGCGUAACUACAGACUUGGGUAUCCCCGAGCAACUGAGAUACAUCGAGGCUGCCGAGGAGUUGGAAGCGUAUCAACAGGCCAUGCACCAGAAGUACGUGUAUGAGCAACCUGAACCGAGUAGCCCACCGGAAUUUAAAUCGCCUAUUAAGGAUCAGAGCAGCAUACGAGAGGGCGGCUUUGCUCAUUUCGAGGCGCGCCUCGAACCAGUCGGUGAUGCCGACCUCCGUGUCGAAUGGCUCAAGGAUGGACGACCUGUAGAAGCUAGUUCCCGGAUUACAACCUUCUUUAAUUUCGGCUACGUGGCGUUGACCAUCAAAUACGUAACGAUACACGACGUUGGCGUGUACACCUGCCGAGCCUACAACAGAGCCGGUGAAGCUCAAACCACUGCUCAAUUGAGUGUGAUAAGUAAGAACGAUGUGAUCUAUGACAGUCAGCAUCCGAUGGGCCUGCAGAAAAUCCAGUCCCUCGAAGAUUCCAGCAGGUACACGCGGCAAAUCCAGGAGGAAUCGCAGGUCACGCAGGCACCACGAUUCUUAGGCAAUCUUAAGGGCACUAAUAAGAUCGUGGAAGGCCAAAGAGCACACUUUGAAGCGCGCGUCGAGCCUCAGAGCGAUCUUAGUAUGAAGAUCGAGUGGUACCACAAUGGCAAGCCCAUUACCGCGGCUAAUAGAAUCCAGACAUAUCAUGACUUCGGCUAUGUUUCCAUCGAUAUCCUUCAGGUGCGGCCUGAAGACGCCGGCACGUACACUGUUGUAGCCAGAAAUUCACGCGGAGAAGCUCGUCUGUCUGCCACUAUGGUCGUAGAAACGCGUUCCAGCAUAGACACCAGCAGCAUGCAUCGCGGCACUUACGAGAAGACUCAACGCUUAGAGGAAUCAAAAUUCAUCGAACCGUACUACCAUAUCGAAGAGAUCUCCAAGUCGAAACCUAUUUUCAUCCAGCCGCUGAGCGACCCUAAGCCAGUCAGCGAGGGCAAGAAUAUUCAUUUGGAGUGUCGUUUGGAACCGAUGGGCGAUCCGACGAUGAGAGUCGAAUGGUUCCAAAACGGACGUCCUAUCACGGUUGGCUCCAGAUUUAGGACCUACUACGAUUUCGGAUUCGUCGCACUCGACAUAGUGCACGUUACCGUUUACGAUUCGGGCGAAUAUACGGUCAGAGCCACUAAUCAUCUGGGUACCGCGCACACUUCUGCUUGCGUCCGAGUAAUCGGAAGAUCCGACGUUGUCACCGAAACACAGAACGAGCAAUCGCUCGAGCAGAUCCAGAUGUUGGAGGAUUCAUCGAGAUAUCGCAAGACUCAACAAGAGGAGGUCACUGUGAUGCAAGCGCCUCAGUUCACUCGACCCUUGCACAACAUCGAGACCGUGGAACUGACCAACGUCCAUCUUGAGUGUCGCCUUCAGCCAGUCGGCGACUCGACCAUGAAAGUCGAUUGGUUCGUCAACGGACGUCCUGUGAAGACUGGUCACCGAUUCAGACCGUCUUACGAAUUCGACUACGUAGCACUGGACAUUCUCGGAGUCUAUCCCGAAGAUUCUGGCGUGUACACUUGCCAAGCGAGAAACCAACUCGGCGAGGCAGUCACUUCGUGCUCCGUGAGAGUACACGCGAAGAAGGACUUGCUUCUGGAAUCGCAACAUCCCGAAGGAUUGGAGAGGAUACAAUAUCUCGAGGAUGCUUCGCGAUACAAGAGGCACGAAUUCAUCGACGAAGUCGUCAAUGUGAAGCCGAAAUUCAUCACGAAGCCAAAGAAUCAAGAGAACCUCCGAGAAGGACAACACGCUCACUUUGAGUGCAAACUGGAGCCAGUGACAGAUCCAAAUUUGAAAGUCGAGUGGUUCAAGAACGGUCGUCCAGUAACGAUAGGACACCGAUUCCGUCCGAUUCACGACUUCGGCUACGUUGCGUUAGACGUGAUCGAUCUGAUUGCCGAGGAUUCUGGUACUUACACCUGUCGCGCUGUUAAUCUGAUAGGCAGCGACGAGGUACUUUGUACGUUAUCGUGUCGCUCGACCGCCCAAAUUCUAACGGACACGCAAAACGAGAUUGGGCUCGAGCAGAUCCACUAUCUUGAGGACAGGUCCAAGUACCAAAGACAAGAAGUUAUCGAAGAGACUACUACUCAAGCUCCCAUUUUCACAACUUCGCUGAAUAACGUCGAGAUAAAAGAGGGCCAACGGGCACACUUCGAAUGCCGAUUGAUUCCUGUGUCCGACGCGACUAUGAAAGUCGAGUGGUUCCACAACAACGUGCCGGUGAAGGCGGGCUCAAGAUUCGUCGAGACCAACAGCUUUGGUUUCGUCGCACUCGACAUCAUGUACGCGUAUCCCGAAGACUCGGGAACGUACACCUGCAGAGCCAAGAAUAUCAUCGGCGAAGCUAUCACCUCCGCGACCGCUGUUGUCCACUCCAAGAAAUCAAUCUACACGGAGACACAGAACGAACAGACGCUUCAGCGCCUUCGCACUUUGGAGGACACGUCUCGUUAUCAGCGUAAGACCACAACCGAGGAGAUUGUCACGCAGGCUCCUGUCUUCACGAUGCCGAUCAAGGACCUCCGCGUCGCUGAGAAUCAAGCGGCGCAUUUCGAGGCGCGCGUCAUCCCGGUUGGAGAUCCAAAACUCAAAGUGGAGUGGCUGCGAAAUGGAGUUCCCAUUUCAGCUUCGAAUCGCGUGACAACUAUGCACGACUUUGGAUACGUCGCUUUGAACAUGAAGUACGUUAACCCUGAAGAAUCAGGUACAUACACGUGUCGUGCGACGAACGAGCUCGGAGAGGCGGUUACUUCGGCAACGUUGUUCGUCCAGUCCAAGGCGGCCUUGCAAUUUGAAUCACAACACGAAAGCGCUUUGUCGAAACUCCAAGCCCUAGAGGAUACCUCGAAAUACCAGCGCCGUGAGGAGGAUGAGAUCGUGGUAAAUGAAAAGCCAUCCUUUACGGUCCAACUGAACGGGCCUACCAGCCUAGUCGAGGGUCAAAGCGCACACUAUGAGUGUCGCAUAGAACCCUAUCCCGAUCCCAAUAUGAAGGUGGAGUGGUUCCACAAUGGCAAACCACUGUCCACCGGUCACAGGUAUAGAACCACCUGCGACUUUGGAUUCGCGUCGUUGGAUGUGUUGACCGUAUAUGCCGAGGAUUCGGGCACAUAUACUUGCCAGGCCACCAAUAGAUUGGGAUCGGCCAAGAGCUCGAUUAAUCUUGACGUAAAAUCGCGUGCAUCGAUUAUUCGCGACACGCAACACGAAAGCGCGUUGAAGAAGAUUCAAUACCUCGAGACCGACUCGCGAUAUAAGCGCGUGGCCGUGGAAGACGCCGUCAUCGCUGAGAAACCCGCUUUUGGCCGGCCGCUGAAGAACAUCGAACACUUGCCGGAAGGCAAAAGCGCCCAUCUCGAGGCUACACUGACGCCUGUAAACGAUCCGACCAUGGUCGUCGAAUGGUUCAGAGACGGACGUCCUAUCCCUCAAGGACAUAAAUUCAAAGCUACCUACGACUUUGGAUACGUUGCUCUCGAUAUUCUUUACGCAUAUCCUGAAGACUCUGGCACCUACAUGUGCAAAGCGAGAAACGCCGUGGGCGAGGCCGUUACUACUUGCGUGAUCAGCGUGGACUCGAAGCAAGGCUUGUACCUCGACACGUUGGACGCCCAACGUUUACAGAAAAUCCGCGAACUGGAAACUAUCGAAGUCAAGCAAGACGUCGAGAAAGAGGUUAUUCAUCAGAAACCUGUGUUCUUGACGCCUCUGAACAACCUGGAUCACCUCAAGGAAGGCGAACACGCACAUUUGGAGUGUCGCGUUGAGCCGAUCAACGAUCCAAACUUGAAAAUCGAAUGGUUUGUCAAUGGAGUCGCAAUUAAAACUGGCCAUCGUUUCCGUACUACACACGACUUUGGCUAUGUCGCUCUCGAUAUUCUUUACACCUAUCCCGAAGAUUCCGGCACCUAUAUGUGUAAAGCCACCAAUCUGGCCGGUGAAGCCGUCAACACUUGCACCAUCAAAGUUGGCUCACGUCGAAGCAUUCUCCUGGACACCCAACAUCCGGACGGUCUAGAAAAGAUUCGCGAAUUAGAGGCUCAAGGUCGCCCCGCACGCCUAGAAAUUGAGGAACCACCAGUGACACCGCCGAGAUUCGUCACCGAGCUCAGGGGCACGACGGAGAUAUACGAGGGACAAACCGCUCACUUCGAGUGCCAAGUGGAGCCGCUGCACGACGCCAAUCUGCGAAUCGAGUUCUUCCACAAUGGCAAGCCGUUGCCAUCAGCAGCGCGUUUCCACGUAACCUUCGAUUUUGGAUACGUGGCCUUAGACAUCGGUCAUGCUGUGCCAGAGGACGCAGGGCAGUACUCUGUGCGAGCGAUCAACGCGCUAGGACAAUGUGUGUCAUCCAUCGAGCUCAAAGUGAUCCCGAGAGACAGCAUUAUCCUGGAUUCACAGCGACCGGAGGGAAUGGACAAGAUCAGAGAGCUCGAGGCACAGCAACCGUGGAAGAGACCGGACGUGCCGGAGCCUCAAACUCGACAGCGACCUGUCUUCACGCAACCCCUACAAAACAUCGAUAGCAUCGCCGAAGGUCAUACCGCGCACUUUGAAUGCAGGCUCAUACCCGUGGGCGAUCCUAUGCUCAAGGUGGAGUGGUUCAGAAACGAAGUGCCGCUCGAGACAAGUUCUCGAAUUACAAAGGUGCACGACUUUGGUUACGUCUCCUUGGAUAUCGCUCACGUACGCGACGAAGACGAAGGCGUUUACAUGUGUCGCGCUUCUAAUCCGUUGGGUGAGGCUGUUACCACGGCUUCGAUGAAAAUCAAGAGCAAGGCGAGUAUACAACUCGACACGCAACAUCCGGAAGCGCAACGCAGAAUUGCUCUGCUGGAAGCCGAUAAAGGAGUCGGCCGACCUGAGGAGCCGGAGAAGCUGUUUGAUAAGCCGAUAUUCACGCAAUUACUGACUGGUCCCACCGAGCUUUGGGAAGGACAGAUGGCUAGAUACGAAUGCAGGGUCGUUCCCGUUGGCGAUGCAAGCUUAAGAUUCGAGUGGUAUAUGAACGGAAUAGAAUUGAAAAUGGGUUCACGCUUCCGCGUAAGCCACGACUUUGGCUACGUGACGUUAGACAUACUGAAGGUGAUUCCCGAAGAUUCCGGAGUCUACACUUGCAAAGCGAUCAACAAUGCGGGCGAGGCAGUUUCGUCAAUCUCGCUGAAAGUGAAGGCGCGAUCGGCCAUCGAUUCGGACAGCAUACAGGCGGACGCUUGGCAGAAGAUUCAACUGAAGGAAGCAGAGAUGAAUAAGGUGCCAGAGAUGUUCGUCGAUACGACCCCGCAACAAGCUCCAGUUUUCACCAAGCACUUAGACAGCUACGAUAAGCUGCAGGAAGGCCAACGUGUCUACUUGGAGGCUCAGGUGGAGCCACGAGCAGACCCAAAUUUGAGAGUAGAGUGGUUCAAGAACGGCAUGCCUCUCCAGACUGGAACUAGACUCCGUAGCACGUUCGAUUUCGGUCUGGUAACGUUGUCUAUCAACGGUCUAAGAGCAGACGAUUCCGCGAUCUACACUUGCAAAGCAACCAAUCUUCUGGGAGAAGCUGUAUCAACUUGCAGCCUGAAAAUUGCCGAUCGUCAUUGGCUCUUGGGAGACACUUUGCAUCCAGACGCUUUGCCGAAAAUUGAUGCUCUGGAGCAGUCCCAGGUGAUCUCCACCGAACAAGCGGAGCCCACUUAUGAAGAACCGGUGUUCAUCACUCAUCUCAAUAACGUGGAGUGCAUAGAAGGCGAGAACGCUCACUUCGAAUGCAACGUAGAACCGUCGAAGGACCCGACUAUGAAAAUUGAGUGGUUCCUAAACAGCAAACCUUUGCCGACCGGUGCGAGAUUCAAGUCCACCUACGAUUUUGGCUACGUCGCUCUGGACCUAACUCACGCUUAUGAAGAAGAUUCUGGAGUAGUUACCGUCAAAGCUACCAACUCGAAAGGAUCCGCUCAGACGUCGGGUACUUUGAAGUGCACUAGCAAGCAAAACAUCUAUCUGCAAACGCAACAUCCACAAGGAGAAGCCGGAUUUGAGAAGGUGAAGGAAGCUGAAGAUGCUUAUUUGUCCAAAUAUAGGAGACCGGAAGACGUUCCCGAGCACGAAUAUCCCAAACCAAUCUGGACGGUGCCUCUAUUGCCAGAAUUUAAACUGGGAGAGUCCGAACCGUUACAUCUGGAGGGACAAGUUGAGCCGAAAGAUGAUCCAGAUUUGAAGAUUGACUGGUACUUCAACGGGAAACCCCUGGAACACGGUUCACGCUUCAAGAUGACCAGCGAUUUUGGAUUCGUCACUUUGGAUCUAACGGAUGUUUACGAGCGUGAUUCCGGUAUUUACACUUGCAAGGCUCAUAACCGUGCGGGCGAGGCCUUUACAUCGACAACAGUUUAUUGCUCUACGAAGGAGAAUAUCAUCGAAAAGUCGCAGCAUCCUAAAGGUAAGGAAGGUCUUGAGGCGAUUCAGGACUUGGAAGAGUCUCUGAAACGGCAAGAAGGACUACCACCGGGUGAGGAAGAGGGUCAACCGCCAAUGUUCACGUCGCAAUUCGAGAACCUGACCAAUCUAUCCGAGGGAGAGAUCGCUCACUUCGAAGCGUCCCUCAUUCCUACCGGAGACCAAACCAUGGUGGUCGAAUGGUUCUAUAACGGCAAACCAUUGGAAGCCAGUCAUCGCACGAGAACUGUUUACGCCUUCGGGAUGGUUGUCCUCGAGGUUCUUGGUACUAAAAUCGAGGAUUCCGGCACCUAUACUUGCAGAGCCACCAACAAAUGGGGCAAAGCGGAGAUAAGCGUACAACUGGAAUGUGUCGACAAGUCCAAGGGACAGAAGCCAAAGUUCACCACCCACAUUCAAUCAUUGGACGGCCUGAAAGACGGUCAGUCUGCUCACUUUGAAUGCACCCUGAUCCCGGUGGGCGAUCCUCACAUGAAAGUUGAAUGGUUCCACAACGGCAAGCCCCUGCGACACUCCUCGCGUUUCAAGAUGGUGUCCGACUUUGGAUUCGUCGUUAUGGACAUCGCUGGAGUGAUGGCUCAUGAUACUGGCGAAUACGUUUGCAAAGCUAGCAACAAAUACGGCGAGGACUUCACGAAAGCAACGAUCAGGUGCUUCGGCAAGAGCGGAGUCUACUUGGACUCUUUGCAACCGGACUCGCUCGCCAGAAUCCGAGAACUCGAGAGUUACACCGGAGAUCAAGCGACCACUCCUACGACUCCCGUCGCUGAACCGCCGAAAUUCAUCACCCAGAUUGCCGACAUUACGAAGCUCGUGGAAGGACAGUCCGCGCACUUCGAGGCCAGACUAACUCCGGUGAACGAUCCCGACUUGAAGGUCGAGUGGUAUUACAACGGCAAGAAGCUCCCUCACGGCCAUCGAUACCGCACUUUCCACGACUUUGGCAUCGUCAUCUUGGACAUACUCUAUUGCUACGAAGAGAAUUCUGGAGUUUACGAGUGCAGGGCCGUCAACAAGUACGGCGAGGAUUCUACGAAAGCGACGCUCAAAUGCUUCUCCAAGGCUAACCUCGUGUUGGAAUCACAGCUGCCGAAAGGUAUGGAAGGUGGCCUCGAGAAGAUCCAAAGCCUCGAGGACGCGAUGAUACGUACGAGGGACGAGAAGGUCGUGGAGGAGCGUGGCAAGGCUCCGGUGUUCACUGUGCCGUUGAGCAACAUCGACGGUCUUCGCGAGGGCGAAAGCGCGCAUUUCGAAGCUCGAUUGACACCCACGGACGAUCCGAAAUUAAAGGUCGAGUGGUUCUGGAACGGCAAACCAUUGCGAACGGGAUCUCGUUUCCGCACCUUCUGUGACUUUGGUUUCGUCAUUCUGGAAAUCUCUCCCAUUUAUCCCGAGGAUUCUGGCGAGUACAGUUGCAGAGCAACAAACGACUACGGCGAGGCGGUGACAACAUGCACAAUGAAGUGCACGGGCAAACGCAGCAUUAUCUUGGAAUCCCAGCUGCCCAAAGGCAUGGAGAGCACAAUCGACAAGAUCGCCGAGUUGGAAGGUCUUGGUAGCGUUCCAGGUCAGGCCACUCCUGACGACGAUACCGGAAGACCGCCCGAGUUCAUCACAACUCCUUCGGAUUUGACUUUGGCCGAAAAUUCCCUCGCUCACUUCGAGUGCCGGCUACAGCCGGUCAAUGACUCCAGCAUGAGGGUCGAGUGGUUCCACAAUGGCAAGCCUCUUCUCGCCGGAAGCAGGGUGAAGACGAUUCACGACUUUGGUUUCGUCAUUCUUGAAGUCGCAAAUUGCUAUCAACGCGAUUCUGGCUUGUACACCUGCAAAGCCACCAAUCGUCACGGUGAGGCGACAGUGUCGUGCAAGCUUCAAGUGCGUGGUCGUCAGGGUAUCAUCUUGGAGCCUCAACUACCGAGCAACUUCAGAACCGGCACGGAAAGCAUUCAGAAAUUGGAGGAAUCUUUGUACAAGAAAGACGAGAUCUUGGCUGAGGAGGAGAAACCGAACCCACCCAGAUUCACCGUCGAACUUAAGGACAUCGAAGUCGAGGAGGGUGGACCGACUCACUUUGACUGCAGGGUCGAGCCUGUCAGCGAUUCCACUAUGCGCAUCGAUUGGUUCCACAACGGUCGACCAUUCGCGACCGGCUCUCGAGUUCAUCAGAUCAACGAUUUUGGAUUUAUAUCCUUGGACAUGUCAUACACUUACGCACGGGACAGCGGCGAGUACGUCUGCAGAGCUACCAACAAGUGGGGCUCCGCUACCACCAAAGCCACUAUUACUUGCAAAUCCAAGAAAACGAUAGACUUCGACUCUCAAUUGCCAACGGGAAUGAGCGGCGAGAAAUUAAAGGAACUGGAGCGGGGACCAGUCACCCAAGCUCCCGCGGAAGAAGCACCACGCCAGCCUCCUCAUUUCAUCACGCAAAUCCAAUCAGCGACUGUCGACGAAUCCGAACCAAUCAGGUUUGAAUGCCGGGUAGAGCCCAAGGAGGAUCCGAAUCUGCGCAUCGAAUGGUACAGAAACAGCAAACUGAUACCCGCGGGCCAUAGAUAUAGAACAGUUUACGACAUGGGAUUCGUAUCGAUGGACAUUCUGUACGUGUAUCCCGAAGAUUCGGGCGAAUAUGUCUGCAAAGCCAUCAACGAUCUUGGAGAGGACACCACUCGCGCCUCUGUUUCUUGCAAAAAAUUGCCAAGUAUCAUUCUGCAGAAUCAAGUGCCAAAGGGCAUGAAGAAAUCCGAAGCCUUGAUGCAGAUGGAAGCGACGAUCAAGAAGUACACUUCGGAGGUUCAUUUGACCGAGGACGAUCUGUACGACGCGGAUAAGAAGCAACCGCCUCGUUUCGUCACGCAGAUUCAAGAUCAGACUGAUCUGGUUGAAAUGAAUAGCACCAAGUUCGAGUGCCAAUUGGCGCCCGUGGGCGAUCCAAAUAUGAAAGUCGAAUGGUUCUUCAACGGCAAACCGUUGCCCCAUAAGAAUCGAUUCACACCUAUCUACGACUUUGGUUACGUAGCGAUGAACUUUGGUUGGGUCUAUCCGGAAGACAGCGGCGAGUAUCUAUGCAGAGCUACGAAUCUUUACGGUAUGGACGAGACGCGAGCCAUCAUCAGGACUGCCGGGAAACCAGGAAUUAUCUACGAAUCUCAACUCCCGAAAGGCAUGAAGAGUAUCGAGAAAAUACGAGAAAUGGAAGCAGCAUGGCAAAUUGUUCCGGAAGAGGAAGGCGAGGAAGAAAAGGUGCGCUCGGCACCAGUCUUUGUGAGCAAACCGGAACCAGUGACUGUCGAGGAAGGUGACUGGUCCAGGUUCUGUUGUCGUGUCACCGGACACCCAAGACCUCGAGUCAUGUGGAUAAUCAAUGGACACACAGUAGUCAACGGAUCUCGCUAUAAACUGACGUACGACGGAAUGUAUCAUCUGGAUAUUCCAAAAACCAGACAAUAUGAUCAUGGAAAGGUAGAAGUGGUCGCGCGGAGCUCUGUCGGUGAAGCGCGCACAGAAACAACAUUGACGGUCAAGCAACGAAGUGACGAUUACCGUGGUGUAUUGAAAAAUUCGCCAAGACCGUGGUACGAUUAUGGGCUAACACAGUACCAAACCGAGCGACAGAACACAGAGCUCGAGCGCGUGUUCGACGAACGUCACCAGAGCGUUUCCCAAGGCAUUGAGAUCGCCACGGAGCAUCUCGGGCCAAAGGUGAUCAAAGAACCCGAGACUGACUGGCAGAAAUCCGUCAAGAGCAAGAAAAAUGAAGACUACUACAGCAAGCUGAUGAAUCUCGAGGAAGAACAGAUGCUGAAAGAGUCCAGGUUGAGAGAAGCCUCUCAUCAGUUCGCCAUUCCUGGCGACAAGCUCGUCUCUAAUUCCUUGGCAAAGGGGAUGGCCCAGAAGUACGAGGAGAGUUUGGAUGAGCAACCCCAACCAACAGCGCAGGCAUCACCACCACCACCACCACCACCACCAAAAUACGUGAAGAAACCAUUCAUUACCGAGGUGGACAUCGAUACGGAACGCGUGAAAGCCACGGGGAAAUACCCACCGGAACCGUCGGAAUCCACAGUUCAUGGCCGCGAAGUUCACGUAGCCAAGCAGAAGCAGACUCAGAAAGAGGUCAAGGGCGAUGUGGAGAUAACGAGGAAGAUCACAGCCACAGAGACCACGGAGGUCGAGCACAAAGGGAAGACGCAGGAACGUGUGGUUCAGGGCCAGGUAAAACCGGCGAAACCGCCCGUGUUCACGAAGAAGAUUCAGCCCUGCAGAGCAUUCGAGCAGGAGCAGGCUAAAUUCGAGGUCGAAUUCGACGGAGAUCCAUUGCCGACCAUCAAAUGGUACCGCGAGGAUUUCCCGAUCCAAAAUUCGGCCGACCUGCAAAUCUACACCUUCAGCACGAAAUCCGUGUUGAUCGUCCGGCAAGUCUUUAUGGAAGACUCCGGCGUCUUCUCCGUUAUCGCUGAGAACAGGGGUGGAAAGGCCAAAUGCAGCGCCAACUUGGUCGUGGAGGAGCGCAGAAGGCAACCUGGACGAGGAGGCGCCAUACCACCCAGUUUCUUAUCGACAAUCCAAUCUACCUCGUUAGCUACCGGUCAGCUGGCUAGAUUCGACGCCAAGAUCACUGGCACCAAACCCUUGGACGUUUAUUGGCUCAAGAAUGGCAAGAAAGUAACGGCGGAUAUCCGUUACAAGACUUUGGAAGAAGACAAUACGUACACCCUACUGAUACUGGAGACGAUACCGGAGGACACCGGCAAAUACGAGUGCGUCGCGAUCAACAGUGCUGGUGAAGCGCGCUGCGAAGCGGAAUGCACCGUUCGCGGGCCUCAAUCCCCGGCGAAGACCGCAAAACCCACGACGCCGACAGCGGAGAAAGCGCCAACCGUGUUGGAGCCAUUGAGGGAUCAAACUAUCAAGGAGGGAACUUCAGUCGCCUUUGCCUGCAGGAUCGCAGGGAAGCCGGUUCCCACUGUACAAUGGAAGAAGGCCGACAAGGUGAUCAAGCCGUCCAAGUACUUCCAAAUGCAGAAGGAAGGCGACCUGUGCACUCUGAAGAUCUCCGAGGCGUUCCCCGAGGACGAAGGUGUCUACAAAUGUAUCGCUAAGAACCCCGCCGGUGAGGUCACCACGUCCGCCAACCUCAGAGUUCUCGCACCCGACACGGCCGACGUGCUGCCGAAAUUGACACCACUGAAGGACCAGAUCGUCAUGGAAGGUCAGCCGGCGCAAUUCAAGACCCAAGUGAGCCCGGCGAAACCCAAACCGACGAUCCAAUGGUACCGCGAAGGCGCCUUGAUCCCGCAAUCGCCGGACUUCCAGAUGAUUCACGAAGGCAACAACGCGGUGCUACUCAUAGCAACCACCUACGAGGAGGACACCGGCACCUUCACCUGCCGCGCUACAACUUCGGCCGGUACCGUAGAAACGUCCGCCAAACUCAUCGUCAAAAAGAGAACAGAAGUCCGCUACGCGGUUCCCGCGGAAACUGGUGCCGACACCGAAUUGGAUGGGGAAUUUGGUCCGAAGUUGAAAAAGGGUAUCGUGUUGAAACCCUUGAGUCACGAUGUAGAUGGUUUACCUGUUGAAGUACAGCUUCAACCAGGCGACGAGUCACUACCUUGGCGGAAGGGACGAGUUCAGCAUCGAUCUCGAGUCGGCGAUUCGGCACCAUGGAGAAAGGUGAAACCGAAAUCAAGAGAUUCCUCCUUGGACAAACUCCGAGCCUUCGAGAGUCAGAUAAAACCAUGGACGGAGGAAGAAGUGGUUUUGAAGAAAACUCCACAGGUCGUCAAAGACGUGGCGAAAGAAAAGCUGGAAGAAGUCGAGUUGAAACCAGCAAAGAUCGAGAAGAAAGAAAUCCUAGCACCUGGUCUCGAAACCGUCAAGUUGAAAUCCGUACCCAAAGAUACGACAAAGAUUGUCGAGACUGAGGAAAAGAUCGUACGUGAAGAUGAUACCGCAACUCAACUUUACACAGAGGAAUCGGAUACCACUUUGUUGAAAAGAUCACGUCGUGUGGAUGAAACUUUGUUGAAAAAGGAAAAAGCCGAAGAAGUAAGACCAUGGACGGAGGAGCAAGUAGCCUUGAAGAAAACUCCACAGGUCGUCAGAGAAGUGGCGAAAGAAAAACUGGAGGAAGUCGAGUUGAAGCCGGCAAAGAUCGAAAAGAAAGAAGUCCAAGCACCUGGUCUCGAAACCGUCAAGUUGAAAUCCGUACCCAAAGAUACGACAAAGAUUGUCGAGACCGAGGAAAAGAUCAUACGUGAAGAUGAUACCGCAACUCAACUUUACACGGAGGAAUCGGAUACCACUUUGUUGAAAAGAUCGCGUCGUGUGGAUGAAACUUUGUUGAAAAAGGAAAAAGCCGAAGAGGUAAGACCAUGGACGGAGGAGCAAGUAGCCUUGAAGAAAACUCCACAGGUCGUUAGAGAAGUGGCGAAAGAAAAACUGGAGGAAGUCGAGUUGAAGCCGGCAAAGAUCGAAAAGAAAGAAGUCCAAGUACCUGGUCUCGAAACCGUCAAGUUGAAAUCCGUAUCCAAAGAUAUGACAAAGAUUGUCGAGACCGAGGAAAAGAUCGUACGUGAAGAUGAUACCGCAACUCAACUUUACACGGAGGAAUCGGAUACCACUUUGUUGAAAAGAUCGCGUCGUGUAGAUGAAACUUUGUUGAAAAAAGAAAAAGCCGAAGAAGUAAGACCAUGGACGGAGGAGCAAGUAGCUUUGAAGAAAACAAAACCAAAAACGACAAAAAUUGCAGAAAUAGAUAGUAUAGAAAAGACAGACUACGUCGAACAGGAAGACACUUCUCUGCUCACUAUUACGAAGGACGAAGAAAUGCGAAAGAUAAAGAAAGAACAGUUUGUUCCAGAGAAACCAGAGCAGCCUAAACCAUGGACAGAGGAGAAGAUCGCCUUGAAAAAGGCGAAACCGGAGAGAAAAGAGACACCUAAGGAAACAUUAGAGACUGUCUCGUUGAAACCUUCGAAGAUAGUACGAAAAGACAUCGCAAAGCCAACUUUGCAGAAGAUAGAUCUCAAACCAGUUCCGAUCGAAGGACCCGAAAUCAUUCCAGUGGAAGAAGUUUCACGGGUUGACGUCACUACGGUCAAAGAAACGACAAUGGAAAGCAAAGAGAUAGACAAGAUAAUUAUAGAUCAGACGGAUAAGACCAAACCGUGGACAGAGGAGAAGAUUACUUUGAAGAAAUCCAAGCCUGUCCGGAGAGAAGUAGAGAGAGAGAUAAUAGAAACGGUAGAAUUAAAACCAUCUAAACCAACGAAAUUGGAAAUCCGAAAGCCGAGUUUAGAGAGGGUAGAUUUAAAACCAUUCACAAAAGAAAAGAAGGAUACAAGUGUUACAGAAACCACCGAGAAAGCCGAUUAUAUUGAACAAGAAGAUACCACAUUACUUCAAGUUUCGAGAACUGAGAAAGAAGUAACCUUGCCAAAGGCAACGCGCGAAAUCAAAGACACGGCACCGUAUGCUGAAGAAGAAGACACCUCUUUGCUUAAAAUUACAUCCGAACGAGAAACCACGAUUAAAGUCGACAAGAAACCAAAGAAGGAAGAGGAAGUUCCAGAAAAAACGCCACAGGCUAAACCAUGGACGGAAGAAAAAGUGAUGUUAAAGAGAACCAAACCGGAACAGAAAGAAAUACAUAAAGAAACUCUGGAGGAAGUUUCACUGAAGCCGAUGCAGAGAGUAGAAAAGAUAGUAUCAAAGGAAGAAGUUGAAAAGGUAGAUUUGAAACGUGUAAAAAAGACGGAAGAGAUUGAAGAGAAGGAAAGUACUGUUGUAAAACGUGACGUUAAAAAGCCGCAAGAAAAAGCACCGUAUCAUGAAGAAGAGGAUAAGGCUAUUCUCGAAAUAAGUAAAGAUGUGGAAUCUAUUAAGAAAAAGACGUUGGAGAAAACUAUUCGACCAAAAGAUGAGAAACAACCAUACACGGAAGAGGAAGAUAAAACGAUUCUCGCAGUCGACAGAACCGACGAAACAACUGAAAAACUUAUAAAAGAGGAAGUACCUGUACCGUGGAUAAGAGGAAGGAAAGCGAAAGAAAAGAAACAAGCCGAGGAAAAGCCAGAAGAGGCGCUUCCGAUAUUCAAGAUUCCUUCUGAAGAUAAACCACGGAAGAUAAUUGAACUGAAGGAAGAACCAAUCGAAGAUAUACGGGCAGUAACGCUGAAACCAGUAAAACGCCCAGAACGAACUCAAGAAGUCAUCGAACAGGAGAAAGUUGAAUUAAAGCCGGUACCACGUGUACCAAAGGUAGAAAAAGAGAAAGAAGAGAUUACACUAAAACCUAUUCCGAAGCCAAAAGUUGAGGAAAGAGAAACAAAGUUGGAGCCGUCACUAGUAAGUAAACCUGGAGAGAAACCAGAAGAGGAUAAGCCCUCGGAGGUUUCGGAAGCUCCUUGGCGUCGUAAAUCAAAGCCUGUAAAAAUCCAACAAAAAGAAGAAGCGCCAGAAGAGAAAGUUGAGGAACGAGUAGAAUUACCUUGGAAACGCGGAAAGAAACCAGCUGUUGUUAAACCAGAAAAACCAGAGGAAGAAGUAAAAGAAGACAUCAAGGAAAUAUCCGAAGUAGCAUGGCGUAAACCAAAGAAAGAUAAAAUGAUCAAAGUUGUUAAGGAAGAACCACAGGUCGAAGACAUUACGUCCGUCGUGUUAAAACCGACAAAACGGCUAGAAAAGCCGGAAGAAAAGAAAACGACGGAAGAGAUUAUACUUAAACCAGUAAAACGAUUACCUAAAGAAAUAGAAGAACGCGAACAAAUCACUUUAAAACCAUUUACGAAGGAAAAAGAAGUAGAAACAUUAAAACCUGAGAAAAUCAGUGAAAUUACUAAUGGGGAAGUACCUAGUGAAAAAGUAGAAUUACCAUGGCGACGUGGUAAAAAAUUAGAGCAAAAAAUACUACAGGAGAUUGAGAAACCUAAAGUCGAAGAAAUAACACCUGAGCCGGUUAAAAAAAUAGGAAAGCCAGAAAAACCGGAAGAGAAACCUGAAAUAGUACAGCUGAAACCAGUGAAGAGGAGAGAGAAACCUGAAGAGCCGAAACCUGAAGAAGUAAUCCUCAAACCUGUGAAGCGGCUUCCCAAAGAGGAGGAAACGAAGGAAGAAAUCUCUUUGAAACCUGUGGAAAGAAAGAAACCAGAAGAGAAACCUGAGGCAGUUCAGCUGAAACCAGUGAAGAGGAGAGAAAAACCGGAAGAACCGAAACCUGAAGAAGUAAUCCUCAAACCUGUGAAACGGCUUCCCAAAGAGGAAGAAACAAAGGAAGAAAUCUCUUUGAAACCUGUGGAAAGAAAGAAACCAGAAGAGAAACCUGAGGCAGUUGAGUUGAAACCAGUAAAGAGGAGAGAGAAACCGGAAGAACCGAAACCUGAAGAAGUAAUCCUCAAACCUGUGAAACGGCUUCCCAAAGAGGAAGAAACAAAGGAAGAAAUCUCUUUGAAACCUGUGGAAAGAAAGAAACCAGAAGAGAAACCUGAGGCAGUUGAGUUGAAACCAGUAAAGAGGAGAGAGAAACCGGAAGAACCGAAACCUGAAGAAGUAAUCCUCAAACCUGUGAAACGGUUUCCCAAAGAGGAAGAAACAAAGGAAGAAAUUUCUUUGAAACCUGUGGAAAGAAAGAAACCAGAGGAGAAACCUGAGGCAGUUGAGUUGAAACCAGUAAAGAGGAGAGAGAAACCAGAAGAACCGAAACCUGAAGAAGUAAUCCUCAAACCUGUGAAACGGCUUCCCAAAGAGGAAGAAUCAAAGGAAGAAAUUUCUUUGAAACCUGUGGAAAGAAAGAAACCAGAAGAGAAACCUGAGGCAGUUCAGUUGAAACCAGUGAAGAGGAGAGAGAAACCAGAAGAACCGAAACCAGAAGAAAUAAUCCUCAAGCCUGUGAAGCGGCUUCCCAUGGAGGAAGAAACAAAGGAAGAAAUUUCUUUGAAACCUGUGGAAAGAAAGAAACCAGAGGAGAAACCUGAGGCAGUUGAGCUGAAACCAGUAAAGAGGAAAGAGAAACCGGAAGAACCGAAACCUGAAGAAGUAAUCCUCAAACCUGUGAAACGGCUUCCCAAAAAGGAAGAAUCAAAGGAAGAAAUUUCUUUGAAACCUGUGGAAAGAAAGAAACCAGAAGAGAAACCUGAGGCAGUUCAGUUGAAACCAGUGAAGAGGAGAGAGAAACCAGAAGAACCGAAACCAGAAGAAGUAAUCCUCAAACCUGUGAAACGGCUUCCCAAAGAGGAAGAAACAAAGGAAGAAAUCUCUUUGAAACCUGUGGAAAGAAAGAAACCAGAAGAGAAACCUGAGGCAGUUGAGUUGAAACCAGUAAAGAGGAGAGAGAAACCGGAAGAACCGAAACCUGAAGAAGUAAUCCUCAAACCUGUGAAACGGCUUCCCAAAAAGGAAGAAUCAAAGGAAGAAAUUUCUUUGAAACCUGUGGAAAGAAAGAAACCAGAAGAGAAACCUGAAGCAGUUCAGCUGAAACCGGUGAAAAUAGAAAAGCCUGAAGAAGAGAAGCCCGCGGAAAUAUCAGGAAUGCCCUGGCGCCGUGGUAAACGAGUCAAAAAGGUUGUCGAUUUCAAAGAUGAAGUUACCGUAGUACCUAUCGAUCAAGAAGAAUCGGUCACAGAAGUUUCCGAAGAGAAAGAAACAAUGAUAAUUGCAACUAAUGAUAUUCAGGAACAAAUCGAAAAGAAAGUGGAACCUAUUCAACUUCAAGAAGAAAAACGUGUAACGGAAGAAGUGGUGGAAACGACUGAAGUUUCGUGGAGGAAGAAAAAGCCAAAACCAAUAAAAUUAGAAGAGAAAAAAGAAACUGUUGUAUUGAAGCCUGUUGAAAAAGUACAGAAAUUGGAACCAAAGAAACAACCCGAAGAACAUGUACCGACUGUAAUUAAAGAGGAAAUAGUAACCGAAGUAGUUGAAAAGGAUGUAAUUCAACUGAAACCGGUUCCCAAGGAAGUCGAGGAAAAAGAAGUAAUAGAGGAAGUUAAAUUAAAGCCGGUGAUUAAAGAAGAAAUUACAAAAGAAAGACCAAAGGAGGAGAAAAUCGAGUUGAAACCUGUAAAAUUGGAGGAACAAAUAACGAAAGUGAAAGAAGAUGAGAUCGUUACUAAAGUAACUGAAAUAAAGAAGAAGCGAGAGGAGAUUGUCCCUAUUAUUGAAGAAAAACAAAAAAUUGUCACAGAAAUAGAAGAAAUUAAAGAGAUCGAAGACAUCGAAUUGCAAGUUAAAAAAGAUAUCGCGCAAAUGGAAGAUCGUAAGAGAAAACGCAGACAACGUACUCAAGUUGAUAUUUCCAUUAUGGAUAAAGAUAAAACUGUUGCUCCGCGAUUUAUACAAAAAUUACAACCUGUUAUCGCUGAACUAGAAAGUCCCGCCAAGUUUACGUGCACCGUCAUAGGUAAACCAACCCCCGAAAUUUCUUGGUAUAAAAAUGAACAAGAACUCCAUGCGAGUGAGAAGUAUACAAUGACAAUAUAUGAGACAACGGCAGCUUUGGAAAUUACAAAAGUAAAAGAAGAAGACGCUGGACUAUAUUCUUGCAGAGCUUCCAAUCCAGCUGGGGUGGCAACAUCCACUGUCAAUCUCGUGAUAUUCGAAAAAGAAGAAGAAGGAGUAGCACCGCAUUUCCCAACGCCAAUCAAGCCGCUGGUGGUUGAAGAACACAAGCCUGCUUUAUUGGAGUGCGUUGUGACCGGCACUCCGAUGCCAGAAGUGAAGUGGUAUCGUGGUGAGAAAGAGGUGAAACCGAACGAAAGGACCGAGCUAACAUUCAACCCGACGACCGGAGAAGCCAAACUUCAGAUUCUGGAACCAACUCCCGAAGACGAAACAGUCUAUCGCGUUCGCGCCGUGAAUAAAUUCGGCCGUGCCGAGUGUAGAGCUAAUCUGGUGAUCAGUAAUAUCGUGAGAGUCAGCAAACCUGUCGUCCUCAGAGCACCGCGAAUCACGCGACCUUUGCCCGCUCUCGUAGCGGAACGCGGAAAACCUCUGAAGCUGUCGGCUGACUUUGACGGUGUACCCAAGCCAGACGUCAAGUGGUUCCGCAAUGGCGUUGAAAUUACACCGACCGACAAGCGCAAGAUAAACAUCUACGAAAGCACAGCCGAGCUUCUUGUGUCGGACCUGACAAAGAAGGACGGCGGCAAGUACGAGAUCAGAGUGCAGAACGAAGCCGGCGAAGCGAGAAGUUCGAGCUCCGUUACCGUAACGGAACGUGAGGAUACUACGAGCGAGGUAAAAGCACCGAGAUUCGUGGAACCGAUUCAGCCUCAACUCGUCGCGGAAGGAGAAGUCGUCAUCAUGGAGACAAAAGUGGAGUCUUAUCCGGCGGCUUCCUUCCAAUGGUUCCACGAAAGCAAACCUCUCGAGUCAACGCCACAGGUAAGGAUCGUGACCCAAGAGAACAGAUCGAUCUUGAUGGUGAAGCAAGUCACACCAGAACUCGCCGGCACCUACACCUGCCGUGCCGAGAAUGUCGGCGGCUCUGUCACCUGCACGGCUAGCGUGAACAUUACGGAGAUCAAGUGGGAAGAAGCGGUUGAAUUAGUUUCGCCGACGUUUGUCAAGAGGCUCUCGCCUGUAAGAGUUAUGGACGGCGAAAGCGUGAAUUUAACCUGCGUUGUCGAAGGGAAACCGACGCCCAGAGUCGAGUGGUAUCACAACGACAGACCGAUCAAUGAAGGCAAGGAAAUCACAAUUAUCCAAGAUACGGAGGGUGUCUGCAGCCUAGCUAUCACCGAGGUAUUCCCGGAGGAUGCUGGAGAGUACACAUGCCGCGCUGUGAAUCCCGUUGGCGAGGCAGUGUGCAAGUCAUCGCUUGUCGUUGAAGCCUACGAGUACGUGCCAGACUCGGAGAUUGCGUCAUCGAUAGUUGCGACAUCCCUUACCACAGGCUCCGAGGAAGAUCUCCUGUCACCGAAAGAAACCCCUAUCUUUGACACUGACGUGGAAGAAUUCGCACCAGAAAUAACCAAAAAGCUUCCUCAGUUAGUUCCCACCAAAGACGGGGAAUUAACCAGAUUGGAAGUGAAGGUGAAAGGUAAACCAAAACCAGAGGGAAAAUGGUACAAGCAAGGCGUGGAGAUUGUCUCAUCGCAAGAAUUCCAAAUAGAGGAAUUCGAAGAUGGUACGUCAGUGUUGACGAUCGCCGAAACUUACCCCGACGACACAGGGGAAAUCGUAUUCGAAGCUCACAACCCACUCGGGGUAUCAACUACGACGGCAUAUUUAUCAGUAGAAGGUAUACUUGGAACGAAAGAGUAUCGCAAACCACAAUGGGUCACGCAGAUGGAAGAAAUGCAAGAAGCGCUAAGAGCCACGCAAGCUAUCCCGCGAUUUGUCCAAGAGAUAACGGACGUUUACGUGAAGGAAGGAGAAACCGCUAUAUUUGAAUGCGUCUACUCUGGUACCCCCAAACCAGAUAUUAUUUGGUACAAGAACGAUAAGAUCCUAAUGAACACGGAGAAUGUGAAGAUACGUAUAUUCGAGGAAGAGAAGAGAACCACUCUGACGAUCAAACGGACUACCAGAGAAGAUGACGCUACGUAUGUUUGCAAAGCAACCAGCGAUAUCGGCAUGACACUGACAAAGGCCAAACUGCGCGUUGAUACUAUAAGCGAAAGGGGGCCGGAGGAGGUGAUCGAAGAGGAAGAGAAGGUUGAGAUAAAACUGAAGAAGCAAGAGGAGAAACCGCAUAGAAGGAAGAGAGCCGAAAUCAAGAAAGCGAAAGAAACUAAAGAGAAAGUAAAGGUCGAACGCGUCAAGGUGGAGACGGAAGAAAUUCAUGAGGAGAAGCUCAUACCGAAAGAACAGAUAGAAGAAAAGAGAAUCGUCGACGUCGAAGAGACGCAACUUCUGGAAACCGCUGAAAUCAUAAAGAAGAAAGCAGAGGAGGUUUCGAAAGCACGAAAAAUAGUGCCGAUUCAGGAACCGGUUAUAACGGAAGCAACAGCUUCCCUGAAGAAAAUUGACGAUCGAAAGCCGCGAGAGAUAUCCAAGGUCGAAGAACGCGCCAAACCAAUUAUUGAGGAACGCGAAAGCGUAGUCGUCGUGUCGGAGAUCACGAGCGAAGACACCGCUCCUGACUUCACCGUCGAGACGAAGCUCGAUCGCGCUCAGGUCACCUCAGAGACCCUACAGAAGGUUUCGGUCGUUGAGACACAUGUCGAGACCAGUGCGCAAGAAACAAGACGCAUUGAGGUGAAACAGAAGAAAGCGAAGAAAGUGAGAACGGAGAAGGUCCAAGAGGACAUCACCGUAAAGGAGAUCGUGGAGCGACAGAAGGAGCAUAUAGCUCGGGAAGUCGACGAAAUUAUGGAACUGUUGGACGUGAAAGAAUUCGGACCGGGAGAAUCUCCUCUUCGGGAACUCGCGACGAUUGGCUACUUGGUGCGACAAGGCGUUUCCGUGAAUGAGAUCAACGAGUGCCUUUAUAGGACUGAGAUCUUCCCCGCUCUGAAAACACCCGAUGCUCAAAACGCUUUGGUACAGUUGGUGGAGAGAAAAGGCCAUGGCCCGCUAAUCAGCCAAGUGCUCACCGAGGAAACAACGACUGACGAGAGCUUCGUCGCGGCGACGGUCGGUUUCCGCGCUUUUAUGAGAAUGGUAGAGCUUCAACACGCUACUGUAGAAGAAGUCAUCACGCACUUUGCUCCGGAAGACUUCAGACCACGUGCUUGGGAAGUUACAGAAAUUUCAGAGGUCGAAACUGAGCAACACGCUACGGAAAGAGUGGGCAUUAUUCGCGAAACGAAAGUUCAUUUCAUGGAGAGGAGAGACGAAAGGAAAGCCACUCAUGUGCAGGAUAUUCGAGAAAUUAAAGAAUACGAGGACACACGGCAGGCACACACAACACUGCGCAAACGCAAAGACAGGACACUGCGGGAUCAAAUCGAAGAAACCACACAAGAUAGGGAAGAGGGGGUUCAGAUUGUAAAAGUCGAGGAAGUCGAGGAUGUUGAAAAGGAAAGAAAGAAGGAGAAGGAGGAGGAGGAAAUUGAGGAAGAAAUUAUUGUACUAGAACGGGACUCGAAGGGCAGAUUGAUUCGUAAGCAACAGAAAGAUGUGGAGAAACAGAUCGAUGUCAUAGAAGAGGAAGAAACGAUCGAGAAGGUCAGGAAGGCGAUGGUGCCGAAGAGACCGAAUAUCGGUAAAGACGAGAUCGAACUCGAAGAGAUCGAAGAAUUUGAAGUGAUAAAAGACAAGUCGUUGCCAUCUGUAGCAUUGAACGUAUCCAGCCAACUGAGCCAAGUGAUACCGCUCGACCGUACGGUCGAGCAGGCUCCUGGCAAGCCCGAAUCGGAGAAGGCCAAGUACACAUUGGACACUGUUAUCGCGUUAACCGGACAGACUACGUCGAUACACGAGAAGGAAGUCGAUGACGUGAUCAGCAUCAAGCCCGUGGAACGUCGCGCGUCGGUAUCGAUCUCACCGGUCGAACCGUACUCCACUACGGAAACCACGACGCACGUGUCCACCGAUGAAUUUUCAGGUACCUUCAAAGCCGCUUCUUACGAGGCCACAUCCUCUGUAAUAACGAAGGAAAGUCUCCUGAUCAGCGAGACAUUGUCGCACGAAGACGAUCUGUCGCAUUUAACGCUAACAAAACCGGAGUCAGGCCGAAAAGCGGACGUGCAAGUGACCGUGCAAGAAGCCGCAACCAUCAGCGAGACCAUUAUCAACCAGAGCGAAGUUCCCACUGAGAAUUUCGUGGCACCCUUAGCCGUGAAAGCGGAAGAUACCGUAUUACCGCAGAUUGGAUUGUCGGUUUAUGAGGUUCACGAAGGUUUGAGCGAAGACAAGCUGGAGCCAACGAAAACAGUCACCACAAAACCCAGGAUCAACAUCAGCGCUGUCGAGCCGUUAGUAGUGGAGGAGGUCCGUCCCGAAGAUAAACCGGGCAAAUAUUAUCCGGAGCUGAUAGUGCCGACCGAAGUCGCCACCGAAACAGUAAUCUCGCAGAAACAACGCGUCACUGAAGAGAUGAACGCACCUGAAAAGGAAGGAGCGUACAUCCCGGGUAGAUUGCCGCCAAGUCAAACGGCCCAAAUCGGAAUCUCCUACGGAAAUGAAACGGCCGUGAUCCACCAUGACCUCGUGCAAGAGCGCGAAGGCGAAUACGUUCCUGGCCGUAAAAUGGAUUCUUUCGAAGCCACGCCAAACGUCACCCUUCUAGAGGGCGUCACAAUAUCGACCAUCGAUACGCAACAAAAGGAGGGAGACUUGACGAUCGAAGAGGACAAACGGGUGACGGCAGAUUUCAAUGUCGUCGAGAUCGUGUCAGCUGUAACAGUGGAGACGAUGACUUCCGAGAAGGAGCGAGAUUACCACCCCGAGGAAAAACCUACCGGUAAAAUGGCGAUAACAUCGAUAUCUUCGUUGGAGGUCGGGUCUGUAACGGACACAAUUGUCCAAGAGUCCGAAGGCACAUACAGCGCCGAUCAGAAGCCACUUCAAGCAUUGGCGGAGACAUCCGUUCGACCAGAGGAACAUGUCCUAAUAUCUCUAGUUCAGACCGCAGAUUAUCCGGCAGAUCUCAAAGAUACGUUAAAAUAUGUUUCGGAGAGCGGUGUCGUAUCAGUUGAAUUGACGGAGGCGAAAACGGUGCUCGAGACACUCGCUCAUGAUCGCGAGGCAAUUAUGGAGAAGGACACUAAACCGGAAACUCAGACGGUGGAGGCAGUGUACGAUGCUGUUAGAGGCAUCGAGAUAUCGCAAACUACUUCUAUAGAGAAAGAAGCAGAAUUGAAGAUCUUUGAGAUGCCGGAGUCGCACCGUGGCAAGACAGUGCCUACCCAUCCGAUGAUCUCGCUCGAAGUUCAAGAAACACAACCGGAAAGUAAUCUAGGUGAAGUCACGAAGGAAGCCUUGUCUACCGCCACGGCUAAAAUCGAAGCGGUCAGUCUGCAAGAGACGAUCGUUGGCGAGACUGUCGCAGCGGAGGAUGUAGCUCCUUCGAAAGAGGAUAAGGCUCCCGACACGAGGACCGCAAUAGUUUCGCUGGAUCAGAUCGAGAGCGUACAUACCACGAUGGUCGUAGCGAGCGAGAAGGAAACCGAAUACGUUGGUGUAACCGACAUCAAGGGUACAUUUGCGAGUACCGAAUACACGACGCAAGUGGUGCCAGUGUGCGAGCAAGUGAGAACCGAGUCGCCGACUGAGGAGUAUCUGCCCGAGGACAGACCUACAAGUGGGCAAGCGCAACCGUCUCACAUUCCUAUAGAAACCAUCAGCGUGGCUAUGCAAGAAACCGCGGAGAAGGAGGAACUUUACAGAGAGGGCGCGAGACCCGAGGGAAAAACAGCGAUCAUCGAACUCACAGAGACCAGGCCAGGUGCGAGCAUUUUGGAAGUGAUACCACACGAUCUUGAGAAUAUCUACACACCGGAUGCAGGACCGGAGUCUCACACAGUUGAAUCGUCCAUAACUGGUCAUACUAUCGCGACAACGGCAGAGAUUCUGGUGGAGCAAAGCGCCGGUAAGAUCAGCAGCGAAGUUCCCAAAUCGAGCAAAGCGACAUUCCAGCAAGAGGCUUUGGAGGAAUUGGUCGUUACGGAGACGAACGUCGGCGAAGCUGAACGAGCCAGAGAAGAAGACACCCGUCCCGUGCAGCAGAGCGCAGAUCUGCAAGUAUGCGCCCGAACCGAGAAGUUGACCGUUACCGAAGUGACGACCGUGUUGAAAGAAGAGGAAUUGUCGGUGGAGAAGUUGCCGGACAGCCGGAAAGUCAUGCUGGACGUAACCGAAGGCCAUGAGAUAGCGGAGACGCAGGAGACGAUACUCGCGAGCAACAUCAGUGAACUGAAGGAGGAGAAACCAACCCAGGAGAGCGCCAGCCCAUCGCAAAGCGGACUGGACGUUGUUCAGCAGACGGAAGUGUCGAUAUCCGAGAAAGAAUCUCCCUUGGCAGCAGACGUGAAACCCGAGACUAAGAAGGUCGGUGUUACUUUCGAGGAAGGAGAAGGUCUAACGAUCGCGAUCACGCAUCCCGAAGACAAAGAAGAAAUAUUUAGUGAGAAACCAACACCCAAGAGCGCUGAAGCCACGGUCGAUGUGGUGACACAGGGUAUAGCGUCGAAGUUCGAGAUUCUAAGCAACGUCGCUCCAACCGAGCUGCCCGCUCAACCUGCUCAAGAAGUACGUCCUAAAGCGACAUUAUUGCCAUUCGAGAUAGCCGUCGCUGAAGAGAUUCAAACCAGGGAGACCGAGAAGCCUUUUGACCACAUACCAACGUCGGAGAGGCAAGCCAAUCUUGAGUUUGUCAUAGGCGAGAGUCUCGUUGUCUCGUCCGUGACAGCGGGGGACAAAGAGAGCAUGCUCGCGGAAGCGGAGAAACCGGAAUCAAAAUCCGCUGUUUUCGAGAUCCCUGCUCACAUCGUGGCGCAAGCUGCCGAGGUGACUACCACCGAUAACGUCGGUCGAUUCAAACACGAGGAGACCAUUUCCGCGACAGCCACGACCGAGCAUAUCACUCAUCAUAGUAUCGUCACAUCCGAAACAUCAACCGGUGAUUCGGAACAGCCGAUGCUGGACUUCGUAAAACCAGACAAGAAGCAAGUCGACGUAUCAUUCUUAGAGGAAACGGGCAUCACCGUGAUCGAGACGAUCGCGUCUGACAAGGAACGGGAAUACAAAAGAAAACCAGACAUCCCUGGCGAGAAGGUCACAACUAGUUUCGACGCUCACAAAGUUGCCGAACUCACGGAAGUCACAGCGGUCGCUUAUCCUGGAGACCUCGACGUGAAAGCGCCGACGAGCGCAGCAGCUAAGGAGGAACGUUUGCCAUUUGAGAGCAUCGUCCAGAGCGAGACUGUCGUGACGGAGAGAGAAGCAGAAUUCAAGGACAGACCUGCCAAGACUGACACGGCUAAGGUGGCCGUUGAUGAGAUAAUCAGCGCCACUACGUCCACCGAAGUUCCAGCUGAGAAGGAGGACGUGCUUCGAAUUCCUGAGAAGCCCACGGAGAAGAAGGCCGAAGUUCAAUUCUCCGGACACAUCAUCGCUGAAAAGAGCGAGGUCACUUUGGAUUCCAGCGCUGGAGAGUUGACGAAGACGAAACCGAGUUCCGCUUCGGCUGUAGUCUCGAGCAUUCCUUUGGAGGCGUUAGUACGGACGGAAACACAAGCAACCGAAGCGGAGGAUAUACUUGGAAAGGAUAAGGCGCCGUCCACGGCCUCGGCUGAUUUCUCUGUGGUAAUGGAACAGAGCCUACAGGUCUCUUCGGUGAUCUCAGAAGACAAGGAGGCCGAAUACAAACCCAAGGAAACUCCGGAACUGAGGACAGCGGAGAAGAGCAUGAUCGAGACUCGCGGAGUCGCUGAAGUGACGAUGCAAAUACUCGAUUUCAGCACCGGCGAAGUCGCAAUCGAAGCACCGCAGGGAGCAGUCGCGAUUCCAGAUCACGUAACAUUCAAUCCACUGGUGGAGUCGCAACCAGUCGUUCAGGAGAAGGAAGAGCAAUAUGUGCCAACGUUGAUGCCGGAGAAUAAGACGGUGAACGUCGACAUGGAAGAAGCCAAGGCGAUCGUGAGUAUAUCACAUGUGACACCUGCGGACAAAGAAUCGCCAUACAAGGUCGAAGAGCAGCCGCGUACAUAUGCUGCUUUGUUCGGUAUCGACGCCACCCAUAGCAUAGCUGAAACGACAGCAGUAGCGAUCGAACAUUCUGUGGGAGAAGUCAACAUCGAGAAGCCGGACACUAAGACAAUAUCGACCACGCAAGAAGUCUAUCAAAGCGUCCUAGUGACCGAGGGUCUCAUUCAAGAUACAGAGAAGCCGUUCGAAGGGAAAUUCAUGCCGGAACAGCACAAGAUCGAAUUGUCCGUCGAAGAAGGACACCACGUCAUGUCCGUUACGGAGAUCAGAAUGGCCGACAAGGAAGCUCCCCUGGAAACGAUACAGGAGGAUAGAUCCCAUUUAGCGCAGUCGGUCAUUAUCCCCGGCCAUGAGAUAGCUGAGAAAUCGGAGAUCAUCCCCGGCUCGAGUACGGGCGAAAUGAGUGAAGAGAGAGCACCGACCAUGGCGAAAGCAUUGAUCGGGCAGAAACCUUACGAGACGGUGCAGUUAAGCGAGCAGGUGCUGGUGGAGAGAGAAGCCGACAGGAUUCAAGAAGCACCUUUGACGAAAUCGAGCGCACGCGUCGUAUUGGACGAGAACAGGUUUGUUGCCGUCACGGAAUCGACUACUACUCAGGACGUCGAGGCAGAAUUCACUGAGAAGAAACUCCAUCAAGAGAAGGCGAGUCUCGCGAUGGAAGGCAAGGAGGUAGCUGAACGUACGGAGAUCAGUUUGCGCGAAGGACUGGGAGAACUACCUGAGGCAACGAAACCAGUCGCGUACGAGGCGCAUCAGACUCAGACUACUUUGGAAAGCAUCGGCGUCAGUGAGACAAUCUCCCAAGAGCGCGGUGCGACGUUCGCUGAUAAGUUCAAGCCCGACAAGCGAAGUGCGGAGGUCAGUUUCGUAGAAGGCAAGAGUAUCACCGUGGAUCAGGUCGUAACGCAGGACAAAGAGGCGACAAUAAGCAUUGCGAAGCACGAAGAAAGCAUAGCUGAAGUCAGACUGACGCGAGUCGGUAUGGACGUAGCUCAGAAGGCUCAAGUGUUCAUCGAACAAAGUACCGGCUCAGUCGAGCCUUUCAAGAAGACUCAAGCGGAAGCUCACUUGAAGCAAGACACAUUUGAGCCUAUUGUCGUCGAAGAGGUUCCGAGUGCGGAAAGCGAAGGUACCUUCAGCAAAUACCCUAAGAUGGUAUCGAGCACAGCCGUACCAGCGUUCGAAGAAGGUCACAGUGUAUCUAUCACAGAGGUAACAUCCGGCGAAGCUGAAGAGUCACUGGAAGAGAAAAAACUCGAGACGUCGAGAACAGCUGUUCGUACACUGGUCACCGCAAACGACACGAUAGAGACCACAAUGAUAGAAUCACGAGUUGACGUACCUGAGCAAGUUCCUGACAAGAUGGCGACACUUCAAGUGGCCAUGCCGGCCCGCGACACGUUUGAAAGCAUCAUCGUACAUGAAAAUCUUGUCGAGGAAAGUGAGAAGAAGUUCGAGGGACUGUUUAAACCUGAAACGCAGAAAGCGAACAUUGAUAUAUCGAAGGUGAAGUCAUUACAGAUUUCUGAAACGAUUACUGAGGACAAAGAAGAGACACUGAAUAUCGCAGCAAGACAAGCAGAGGUGACAGCCACGCGAGAUAUCGAUGUAUUCCAAACUAUUGAGGGAUCAUUCGUCGAAAGUAUACAGAGUACACGAGAAUUACGUGAGGAGAAACCAUUUUCCUCCCAAGCGACAAUGAUCCAGACUACGGUGGAAACAAUAGUAAGAUCUGAAACGACACCGGCCGAGAAGGAAGAUAUAUUUGAAGACAAAUUCAAACCAGAGGGACAGAAGGGCAAGCCGCAGUUCGAUGGUCUUACUACUGUGAUAAUCAGCGAGGUGGCUCCGAAUGAAAUAGAGGACGUGCUGCCUGAAGCCAUUGCGCCGAAACAACACCAAGCGCAGCCGAGUUUAACAGGCAGAGAAGCCGCCGAAACUCUCCAAAUAGUUACAACAAAUACAACUGAGGAUCUUGCGAAAGAUAUCAAGAUAGACGAACAUAAAGGCAAACUAGAACUCGAAGAGUUAGCUUCCUUGACAGUUUCCGAAAUUGUUUCGCAUGAAGUCGAAGAUGUAUUAGUCAGCCAAACUACACCAAAAGAUCGCAAAGCUGACUUGAGCGUUUCCGGUAGAGAAGCAGCUGAAACAACUCAAGUAACAACAAUGUCAGAGACUGACGAGCUCGCCACAAAAGGACCUGAAGAACAAAGAGGCAAACGACGAGUUGAAGAAUUGACGUCAAUCACCGUUUCGCAAGUGAUUUCGAGUGAGGCCGAAGAUACGCUAGUUAGCGCUGAAUUACCCACAGGAAAAACAGCGCAACCAAAUCUGUUUGGAAGAGAUAUCGCCGAAACGACAGAAAUCUUAGCAAUGACCAGCACCGAGGAAUAUAUUCCCGUGAAAGAGGCUGAUAAACAAACCGGCAAACCAAGUCUCGAAGAACUUACAUCUCUAAUGGUAUCGCAAAUAGUAUCACAGGAAGCCGAAGACAUCCUCCCUAGUGCAGAAGCACCAACCAAGAAAAUUGCGCAAACCAGUUUCUUCGGUAGAGACAUAGCUGAGACUACAGAAAUAACGAUGGCUUCAAAUGUAGGCGAAUUGGUCGAAAGUCGAAAACCCGACGAGCAAAAAGGAAAACCAGAUAUCGAAGAAUUACAAUCUCUGAGUGUUACACAAACCGUAUCCAAUGAAGCAGAAACUGUGCUGCCUUCUCCAGAGGUGCCUGCAGGAAAAACAGCGCAAACUGAUCUAUUUGGCAGAGAUGUGGCAGAAACCACUCAGAUUGUAGCAAUGAUAAGCACAGAGGAACUCGCGAAACAACUAGCACCAGACGAACGUAAAGGGGAGUUUAUUGUGGAAGAAUUAUCUUCGUUAACUGUAUCUCAAGUCAUAUCCAACGAGGCUGAGGAUACGUUGGUUAAAGACGAAUUUCCUGCGGGAAAAACGGCUCAACCACAUCUGUUUGGUAGGGAUAUCGCUGAAACAACUAUGGUCUUAGCGAUGUCCAGCACCGACGAGUAUGUGCCUACAAAAGAAGCUGAGAAACAGAAAGGCAAACCAGGUCUUGAAGAACUUACAUCUUUAACGGUCUCGCAAAUAGUGUCAGAGGAAGCCGAAGAUGUUCUUCCUACUGCAGAAGUUCCGACCGAGAAAAUUGCGCAAACAAGUUUCUUCGGAAGAGACAUAGCUGAAACUACAGAAAUAACGAUGGCUUCAAAUGUAGGUGAAUUGGUCGAAAGUCGCAAACCCGACGAACAAAAGGGAAAACCAGAUAUUGAGGAAUUACAAUCUUUGAGUGUUACACAAACUGUAUCCGGCGAAGCGGAAGCCGCACUGCCUUCCCCAGAAGUACCUAAAGAGAAAACAGCACAAACCGAUUUAUUUGGCAGAGAUGUAGCUGAAACGACUCAGAUUGUAACAAUGAUAAGCGCGAAAGAACUUGCGAAGGAGGUAACGCCAGAUAAACGUAAAGGAGAGUUUAUAGUGGAAGAAUUGUCUUCCUUGACUGUAUCUCAAGUCGUUUCCAACGAGACAGAGGAUACUUUGGCUAAAGACGAAUUUCCUACGGGAAAAACGGCUCAACCAAAUCUGUUUGGUAGGGAUAUCGCUGAAACAACUAUGGUCUUAGCGAUGUCCAGCACCGACGAGUAUGUGCCCGCGAAAGAAGCUGAACAACAGAAGGGCAAGCCAGGUCUGGAAGAACUUACAUCUUUAACAGUCUCGCAAAUAGUGUCAGAGGAAGCCGAAGAUGUUCUUCCUACUGCAGAAGUUCCGACCGAGAAAAUUGCGCAAACAAGUUUCUUUGGAAGAGACAUAGCUGAAACUACAGAAAUAACGAUGGCUUCAAAUGUAGGUGAAUUGGUCGAAAGUCGCAAACCCGACGAACAAAGAGGAAAACCAGAUAUUGAGGAAUUACAAUCUUUGAGCGUUACACAAACUGUAUCCGGCGAAGCGGAAGCCGCACUGCCUUCCCCAGAAGUACCUAAAGAGAAAACAGCACAAACCGAUCUAUUUGGCAGAGAUGUGGCGGAAACCACUCAAAUUGUAACAAUGAUAAGCGCAGAAGAACUCGCGAAGCAACUAGCACCAGAUGAACGUAAAGGGGAGUUUAUUGUGGAAGAAUUAUCUUCGUUGACUGUAUCUCAAGUCAUUUCCAACGAGGCUGAGGAUACGUUGGCUAAAGACGAAUUUCCUACGGAAAAAACGGCUCAACCACAUCUGUUUGGUAGGGAUAUAGCUGAAACAACUAUGGUCUUAGCAAUGUCCAGCACCGACGAGUAUGUGCCUACGAAAGAAGCUGAGAAACAGAAGGGUAAACCAGGUCUUGAAGAACUUACAUCUUUAACGAUCUCGCAGAUAAUAUCUCAAGAAGCCGAAGACGUCCUUCCUAGCCCCGAAGUACCAACUGGAAGGACUGUGGAAACCAGCUUGUUUGGUAGAGAUGUAGCCGAGACUACUGAAAUAACGAUGGCUUCGAAUGUAGGGGAAUUAGUUGAGAGUCGAAAGCCCGACGUACAAAAAGGGAAACCUGAUAUUGAGGAGUUACAAUCUCUGAAUAUUAUACAAACUAUAUCUAGCGAAGCGGAAGCUGUACUGCCUUCCCCAGAAGUACCUAAAGAAAAAAUAGCACAAGCCGAUCUGUUUGGCCGAGAUGUAGCUGAAACAACUCAAAUUGUAACAAUGAUAAGCGCGGAAGAACUCGCAAAACAACUAGCACCGGAUGAACGCAAAGGUGAAUUUACAGUGGAAGAAUUAUCUUCGUUGACGGUCUCUCAAAUUAUUUCUAACGAAGCCGAGGAUACGUUAGUUAAGGAUGAAUUUCCUGCGGCAAAAACGGCUCAACCACAUCUAUUCGGCAGAGAUGUCGCAGAAACAACGGUGAUUUUGGCGAUGACCAGUACCGACGAAUAUGUUCCUGAGAAAGAAGCUGAAAAACAGACAGGCAAACCCGGCCUCGAAGAACUCACAUCAUUAACAGUCUCGCAGAUAGUUUCCCAGGAAACCGAAGACAUCCUCCCUAGCCCCGAAGUACCAACAGAGAGGACCGUCCAAACAAGCUUGUUCGGAAGAGACGUAGCAGAAACUACGGAAAUAACGAUGGCUUCAAAUGUAGGUGAAUUAGUUGAGAGCAGAAAGCCCGACGUUCAAAAAGGAAAACCAGAUAUUGAGGAAUUACAAUCUUUGAAUGUUAUGCAAACUGUAUCGAAUGAAGCGGAAGCUGUAUUGCCUUCCUUAGAAUUACCUAAAGAAAAAACAGCACAAACCGAUCUAUUUGGCAGAGAUGUAGCUGAAACAACUCAGGUUGUAACAAUGAUAAGCGCGGAAGAACUCGCGAAACAACUAGCACCUGACGAACGUAAAGGAGAGUUUAUUGUAGAAGAAUUAUCUUCGCUGACUGUAUCUCAAGUCAUUUCCAACGAGGCUGAGGAUACAUUGGCUAAAGAUGAAUUUCCUGUUGGAAAAACGGCUCAACCACAUCUGUUUGGUAGGGAUAUAGCUGAAACAACUAUGGUCUUAGCGAUGUCCAGCACCGACGAGUAUGUGCCCACGAAAGAAGCUGAACAACAGAAGGGCAAGCCAGGUCUGGAAGAACUUACAUCUUUAACGAUCUCGCAGAUAAUAUCUCAAGAAGCCGAAGACGUCCUUCCUAGCCCCGAAGUACCAACUGGAAGGACUGUGGAAACGAGCUUGUUUGGUAGAGAUGUAGCCGAGACUACUGAAAUAACCAUGGCUUCGAAUGUAGGUGAAUUGGUUGAGAGCCGGAAGCCCGACGUACAAAAAGGGAAACCAGAUAUUGAGGAGUUACAAUCUCUAAGUGUUAUACAAACUAUAUCCGGCGAAGCAGAAGCUUUACUGCCGUCUCCAGAAAUAUCUAAAGAAAAAACAGCACAAACCGAUCUGUUUGGCCGAGAUAUAGCUGAAACAACUCAAAUCGUAACAAUGAUAAGCACAGAAGAACUAGCGAAACAACUAGCACCCGACAAACGUAAAGGAGAGUUUAUUGUGGAAGAAUUAUCUUCGCUGACUGUAUCUCAAGUCAUUUCGAACGAGGCUGAGGAUACGUUAGUUAAAGACGAAUUUCCUGCGGGGAAAACAGCCGAACCACAUCUGCUUGGUAGAGAUGUGGCGGAAACGACAGUGGUGUUAGCGAUGGCUAGCACUGAAGAUUAUGUUCCCGAAAAGGAGACUGAAAAACAGAAAGGUAAACCAGGUCUCGAGGAACUUACAUCUCUCACAAUCUCGCAAGUAGUAUCCCAAGAAACCGAGGAUGUUCUUCCCACUGCAGAAGCUCCGACCGAGAAAAUUGCGGAAACAAGUUUCUUCGGUAGAGACGUAGCUGAGACUACAGAAAUAACGAUGGCUUCAAAUGUGGGUGAAUUAGUUGAGGGCAAAAAGCCGGAGGUCCAAAAAGGAAAACGAGAUAUCGAAGAGUUGCAAUCUUUGAGUGUUACACAAACUAUAUCCGGCGAAGCGGAAGCCGUACUACCUGCCCCCGAAAUACCUCAAGAAAAAACAGCACAAACUGAUCUAUUUGGCAGAGAUAUAGCUGAAACAACUCAGAUUGUAACAAUGAUAAGCGCGGAAGAACUCGCGAAACAAUUAGCACCCGACGAACGUAAAGGUGAAUUUACUGUGGAAGAGCUAUCUUCGUUGACGGUCUCUCAAGUUAUUUCUAACGAAGCCGAGGAUAUGUUAGUUAAGGAUGAGUUCCCCGUGGGAAAAACGGCUGAAUCAUAUCUGUUUGGUCGAGAUAUCGCAGAAACAUCAAUGGUAUUAACGAUGUCCAGCACAGAUGAAUUUGUCCCAACAAAGGAAGCCGAGAAACAGAAAGGUAAACCUGGUCUUGAAGAAUUAAUGUCAUUAUCAGUCUCGCAAAUAGUAUCUCAGGAAGCUGAAGACAUUCUUCCCAGCCCCGAAGCGCCAACCGAGAAGACAGUGCAAACAAGCUUAUUCGGCAGAGACGUUGCUGAAAUUACAGAGAUAACAAUCGCUUCAAGCGUGGACGAAUUAAUCGAGAGUCGCAAACCAGAAGUACAAAAGGGGAAGCCAGAUUUUGAGGAGUUACUAUCUUUGAGUGUAACCCAAACCGUAUCCACCGAAACGGAGGCAAUACUGCCUUCUCCAGAAGUACCUACGGAGAAAACAGCGCAAGCUGAUUUGUUUGGCCGAGACGUAGCCGAAACAGCUCAAAUCGUAACAAUGAUGACUACGGAAGAACUUUCGGGACAAUUAGCACCGGAUGAACGUAAAGGCGAGUUCAAAGUCGAAGAAUUAUCCUCUUUGACUGUGUCUCAAAUAGUCUCCAACGAAGUCGAAGAAACUUUGGUCAAAGAAGAGUUUCCUGCAGAGAAAACUGCGCAGCCCAAUCUGUUCGGUAGAGAUAUCGCGGAAACGACGAUGGUCUUAACCAUGUCUAGCACCGAAGAGUAUGUUCCUACGAAAGAAGCUGAGAAACAGAAAGGUAAACCCGGACUCGAAGAAUUUACAUCUUUAACGGUUUCACAGACAAUAUCUCAGGAAGCUGAAGAUAUUCUUCCUAGUCCUGAAGCGCCAACCGAGAGGACUGUGCAAACAAGCUUGUUCGGUAGAGAUGUAGCUGAAACUACGGAAAUAACAGUAGCGUCAAACGUAGAUGAAUUGAUCGAAAGUCACAAGCCCGAGGUACAAAGGGGAAAACCAGAUAUUCAAGAACUAUUAUCCUUGAGUGUCACUCAGACAGUGUCCAGCGAAGCGGAAGCUAUGCUGCCUUCUCCAGAGGUACCUACAGGGAAAACAGCGCAAACCGAUUUGUUUGGCAGAGAUGUAGCGGAAACCACUCAAAUUGUAACAAUGAUAAGCACAGAAGAGUUGGCUAAACAACUAACGCCCGAUGAACGUAAAGGAGAAUUCAAAGUAGAGGAAUUAUCCUCGUUAACUGUGUCCCAGAUAUUGUCUCAUGAAAGUGAAGAGACGUUCCAGAGUCCUGAUGCACCCAGUGGGCUCACAGCGAUGCCUACGAUGUCCGGUAGAGAAAUUGCUGAGACUUCUCAAAUGCUCACUAUGUCGAGCGCCGACGAAUUCGCAAGAUCCAAAAGUCCCGAAGAACAAAAAGGCAAGCCAAGUUUGGACGAACUUUCCCCUCUCAUGGUUUCUCAAGUGAUAUCUACAGAAGUGGAAGAACAACUGGUGAGUCGGGAAAAGUUGGACGAAAAAACAGCCGUGUCGCGUUUCACAGGCAGAGAAGUAGCGCAAACGACUGAAAUUGUAACAGUCGCGAAUGUUGAACAAAUAACCAAAUUGGAAAAAGCAGAUAGUCAGAAAGGAAAGCCCGACGUCGAAGAAAUAAACGUUGUUGCCGUAUCCGAAGUGAUUUCUACAGAAGCUGAACAAGAAUUGCCAAGUCAGGAAGCGCCGCAAAAACGUAAAGCUUUGCAAAAAGUAUCCAGCGUGGAAGUCGCGGAGACUUCGGAAAUUUUGACAGUGAGUAAUGUUGAAGAACUUGCAAAACCACAAGUUCCCGAAAAACACAGAGGCAGACCACACCUAGAAGAAUUAAUGUCAUUGUCAGUCUCCGAGGUAGCUUACAGUGAGGCUGAAAAGAGAUUGCUGACUCCGGAAGAACCAAUUAAACAAAUAGCUGAACAGAGCAUGUUGGGUAUGCGCGUUGCUGAAAAAUCUCAAAUCGUUACUUCUGCAACGGCAGAAGAGAUGAUAGAACCCGCCAAGCCUGAAGUAAAGAAAAUAGCACCGGAACAGAUACCAUUUCAGGGCAUACAGCAGACACAAGCAGUUCCUCAUGAAAGCGAACGAUUGCUUAUCCUCGACAAAGCGGCGCCAAGUGCAACAGCGGAAGUUGCAUUCCGCGUUUCCGAAGGACUUGAAGUUAUACAAGUAACAACAACGGAGAAAGAAACAAAAGAAGUCGUGAAAAGUCAGGUCGAGGAAGCGAGCGCGCAGGCCGACGUAAUUAAACGAAAAGUCGCUCUGAAAACUGAAGUCCUUCCGGAAGACGUAGCGUCGGAGUUUGUAGUCUCGAAACCAGAAGGUAAAACAGCUCACGGCGUGGAAGAUGAAAAACAGGGCGUGAUUGUCACCGAAUUACAACACGCUGCUGAAAUCGAAUCAAAUCUGCCCGAGACCGUAGUACCUAUAGCAAAAUUAGCGAGCGCGUCUAUCGAAGCCGACUACUUGGAACAAGUUGUGGAAACCACAGAAGCAUCAACGCAACAUCACAUCACAAUCACACAACACACUACAGAACACGAUACAAUACAUCAACCAUCGAUUGACUCUGAUAUUGAAGUAACUGAAGAAUACACUACGAAAUUUAGACGCGGCAGCAAAGACGAUGAAACGGCAGCAGUUAAAACAAAGAAAACAACUUUACGAAAAAAGAUGCCAAGAACUAAAUCUGAGGAGGAAAAGGUUGUUGUUAUAGAAGAAGAACUCGAAGAUAUAAAGUCGCGAAUACCAUCCAUACCGAAAAAACAAUUUAUGCAUAUAGAAGAGGUAACUGAAAUGACAGGAAUAGAAGAAAUAAAACCGACAAAAAUUGAAGAAUCCGAAGAGAAGGAUACUAAACCAACUGUAACAAAACAAAUUGAAACAAAAGAAGAACAGGUGACAGUAACGGAAGAACGGAUCGAAGGGCAAAAACCUAAGAAGAUUACUAAAAAGAAAAUUAUUAAACAAAAGGAACAGAAGCAGCAAGUGACUGAAGAAGUAAUUGCGGAAGAGAAAAGUAAGGUAUCCACCACGACUGCUACCGAAGGGCCAGAAGAGGAAGUUGUUGAAGAAACCAUUUUGGCUCUGCCAUUAGCAGAAUUUGUAAUACCAACCGAUGUAGAAGAAGUACGAGAACAAGUGACGGUAAUGGAAGAAAAGGUCGAGGGACAGAGACCGAAAAAGGUGACAAGAAGGAAAAUUAUUAAACGCAAAGGCCAGAAACAGCAAGUGACUGAAGAAGUAACUGUGGAAGAGAAAGAUAAGGCACCCAUUACGACCAUUACUGAAGGGCCAGAAGAGGAAGUUGUUGAAGAAACUAUUUUGCCACUGCCACUACCAAAGUCCGUGAAACCGACCGACGUAGAAGAAGUCCGAGAACAAGUUACAGUAACGGAAGAAAGGGUAGAGGGACAAAGACCUAAGAAAGUAAUAAGAAGGAAAAUUAUUAAACGUAGAGGUCAGAAACAGCAAGUGACUGAAGAAGUAACGGUGGAAGAGAAAGGUAAGGCACCAAUCACGACUGUAACCGAAGGGCCAGAAGAGGAGAUUGUUGAAAAAACAAUUUUGCCUCUACCUUUACCAGAAUUCGCGAAACCAACCGACGUAGAAGAAGUUCGAGAACAAAUUACAGUAACGGAAGAAAGGGUAGAGGGGCAAAUACCUAAAAAAAUCAUUAAAAAGAAAGUUAUUAAACGCAAAGGGCAAAAGCAGCAAGUGACUGAAGAAGUGACGGUGGAAGAGGAAGGUAAGGCUCCUAUCACGACCGUUACAGAAUGGCCAGAAGAGGAGGUUGUUGAAGAAACCAUUUUGCCUCUGUCACUACCAGAGUUCGUGAAACCGAUUGACAUAGAAGAAGUUCGAGAACAAGUUACAGUAACGGAAGAAAGGGUUGUAGGUGAAGAACCCAAGAGAAUUACUAAAAAGAAAGUUAUUAAACGCAAAGGGCAAAAGCAGCAAGUGACUGAAGAAGUAACGGUGGAAGAGAAAGGUAAGGCUCCCACCACGACAGUUACAGAAGGGCCAGAAGAGGAAGUUAUUGAAGAACCCGUUUUUCCUUUAACAUUACCAGAAUUUGUAAAACCAAACGACGUAGAAGAAGUACGAGAACAAGUUACAGUAACGGAAGAAAAGGUUGUUGGCCAAGAACCUAAGAAAAUCACUAAAAAGAAAGUUAUUAAACGCAAAGGGCAAAAGCAGCAGGUGACUGAAGAAGUAACUGUGGAAGAGAAAGGUAAGGCUCCUAUCACGACCGUUACAGAAGGGCCAGAAGAGGAAAUUGUUGAAGAAACCACUGUGCCUCUGCCACUACAAGAAUUUGUAAAACCAAGCGACGUAGAAGAAGUACGAGAACAAGUAACGGUAACGGAAGAGAGGGUAGAAGGCCAGAGACCUAAGAAAGUAACAAGAAGGAAAAUUAUUAAACGUAAAGGCCAGAAACAACAAGUGACUGAGGAAGUAACGGUGGAAGAGAAAGGUAAGGCUCCUAUCACGACCGUUACAGAAGGGCCAGAAGAGGAAAUUGUUGAAGAAACCACUGUGCCUCUGCCACUACAAGAAUUUGUAAAACCAACCGACGUAGAAGAAGUACGAGAACAAGUAACGGUAACGGAAGAGAGGGUAGAAGGCCAGAGACCUAAGAAAGUAACAAGAAGGAAAAUUAUUAAACGUAAAGGCCAGAAACAACAAGUGACUGAGGAAGUAACGGUGGAAGAGAAAGGAAAGGCACCAAUCACAACUGUAACUGAAGGGCCAGAAGAGGAAAUUGUUGAAAAAACAAUUUUGCCUCUACCUUUACCAGAAUUCGCGAAACCAACCGACGUAGAAGAAGUUCGAGAACAAGUUACGGUAACGGAAGAAAGGGUAGAAGGCCAAAGACCUAAGAAAGUAACAAGAAGGAAAAUUAUUAAACGUAAAGGCCACAAACAACAAGUGACUGAGGAAGUAACGGUGGAAGAGAAAGGAAAGGCACCAAUCAGAACUGUAACUGAAGGGCCAGAAGAGGAAGUUCUUGAAGAAACCGUUUUGCCUGUAUCGUUACCGGAAUUUGUAAAACCAACCGACGUAGAGGAAGUUCGAGAACAAGUAACAGUAACGGAAGAAAGAGUCGAGGGACAGAUACCUAAGAAAGUAACAAGAAGGAAAAUUAUUAAAUGCAAAGGUCAGAAGCAGCAAGUGACUGAAGAAGUAACUGUGGAAGAGAAAGGUAAGGCACCUAUCACAACCGUUUUCGUAGGUCCAGAAGAGGAGGUUGAUGAAGACAGUGUUUUGCCUCUACCAUUACCAGAAAUAGUGAAACCCACCGACGUAGAAGAAGUCCGAGAACAAGUUACAGUAACGGAAGAACAAGUUGAAGGACAGAAGCCUAGGAAGAUCAUUAAUAAGAAAGUUAUUAAACGUAAAGGCCAGAAACAGCAAGUAAUUGAAGAAGUCACUGUGGAAGAGAAAGGUAAGCCACCCAUCACGACCGUUACUAAAGGGCCAGAAGAGGAGGUUGUUGAGGAAAACAUUUUGCCUCUAGCACUACCAGAAUUUGUAAAACCAGCCGACGUAGAAGAAAUCCGAGAACAAGUGACAGUCACGGAAGAAAGGGUUGUAGGUGAAGAACCUAAGAGAAUCACUAAAAAGAAAGUUAUUAAACGCAAAGGGCAAAAGCAGCAAGUGACUGAAGAAGUGACGGUGGAAGAGAAAGGUAAGGCUCCCACCACGACUGUUACAGAAGGGCCAGAAGAGGAAGUUCUUGAAGAAACCGUUUUGCCUGUAACGUUACCAGAAUUUGUAAAACCAGCCGACGUAGAAGAAAUCCGAGAACAAGUGACAGUCACGGAAGAAAGGGUUGUAGGUGAAGAACCUAAGAGAAUCACUAAAAAGAAAGUUAUUAAACGCAAAGGCCAAAAGCAGCAAGUGACUGAAGAAGUGACGGUGGAAGAGAAAGGUAAGGCUCCCAUCACGACCGUUACUGAAGGACCAGAAGAGGAGAUUAUUGAAGAAAUCACUGUGCCUCUAGCGCUACCAGAAUUUGUAAAACCAACCGACGUAGAAGAAGUACGAGAACAAGUAACGGUAACGGAAGAACGGGUCGAAGGUCAGGAACCUAAAAAGAUCACUAAAAAGAAAAUUAUUAAACGUAAAGGCCAGAAACAGCAAGUGACUGCAGAAGUAACUGUGGAAGAGAAAGGAAAGGCACCAAUCACGACCGUAACUGAAGGGCCAGAAGAGGAGGUUGUUGAAGAAACCACUUUGCCUCUGCCACUACCAGAGUUUGGGAAACCUACCGACGUAGAAGUCCGAGAACAAGUUACAGUAACGGAAGAGAGGGUAGAAGGCCAAAGACCUAAGAAAGUAACAAGAAGGAAAAUUAUUAAACGUAAAGGCCAGAAACAACAAGUGACUGAGGAAGUAACGGUGGAAGAGAAAGGAAAGACACCAAUCACAACUGUAACUGAAGGGCCAGAAGAGGAAGUUCUUGAAGAAACCGUUUUGCCUGUAUCGUUACCGGAAUUUGUAAAACCAACCGACGUAGAAGAAGCACGAGAACAAGUGACAGUCACGGAAGAAAGGUUUGUAGGUGAAGAACCUAAGAGAAUCACUAAAAGGAAAGUUAUUAAACGCAAAGGGCACAGGCAGCAAGUAACUGAAGAAGUGACGGUGGAAGAGAAAGGUAAGCCUCCCACGACGACUGUUACAGAAGGGCCAGAAGAGGAAGUUCUUGAAGAAACCGUUUUGCCUGCAUCGUUACCAGAAUUUGUAAAACCAACCGACGUAGAAGAAAUACGAGAACAAGUAACGGUGACGGAAGAAAGGACCGUGGGACAGAGACCUAAAAAGGUAACAAGAAGAAAAAUUAUUAAACGCAAAGGGCAGAAACAACAAGUGACUGAAGAAGUAACUGUGGAAGAGAAAGGUAAGCCUCCUAUCACGACCGUUACUGAAGGACCAGAAGAGGAGGUUAUUGAAGAAAUCACUGUGCCUCUAGCGCUACCAGAAUUUGUAAAACCAACCGAUGUAGAAGAAGUACGAGAACAAGUAACGGUAACGGAAGAACGGGUCGAAGGUCAGGUACCUAAAAAGAUCACUAAAAAGAAAAUUAUUAAACGUGAAGGCCAGAAACAGCAAGUGACUGAAGAAGUAACUGUGGAAGAGAAAGGAAAGGCACCAACCACGACUGUAACUGAAGGGCCAGAAGAGGAGGUUGUUGAAAAAACAAUUUUGCCUCUACCUUUACCAGAAUUCGCGAAACCAACCGACGUAGAAGAAGUUCGAGAACAAGUUACAGUAACGGAAGAAAGGGUUGCAGGUGAAGAACCCAAGAGAAUCACUAAAAAGAAAGUUAUUAAACGCAAAGGGCAAAAGCAGCAAGUGACUGAAGAAGUAACGGUGGAAGAGAAAGGUAAGGCUCCCACCACGACUGUUACAGAAGGGCCAGAAGAGGAAGUUGUUGAAGAAACCGUUUUUCCUUUAACAUUACCAGAAUUUGUAAAACCAACCGACGUAGAAGAAGUACGAGAACAAGUUACAGUAACGGAAGAAAAGGUUGUUGGCCAAGAACCUAAGAAAAUUACUAAAAAGAAAGUUAUUAAACGCAAAGGACAAAAGCAGCAGGUGACUGAAGAAGUAACUGUGGAAGAGAAAGGUAAGGCUCCUAUCACGACCGUUACUGAAGGAUCAGAAGAGGAAGUUGUUGAAGAAACCAUUAUGCCUCUGCCACUACCAGAUUCCGUGAAACCAAUUGACAUAGAAGAAGUUCGGGAACAAGUGACAGUAACGGAAGAACAAGUCGAAGGUCAAGAACCUAAGAAGAUCACUAAAAAGAAAGUUACUAAACGAAAAGGUCAGAAACAGCAAAUAACUGAAGAAGUAACUGUGGAAGAAAAAGGUAAGGCUCCUAUCACCACCGUUACUGAAGGGCCAGAAGAGGAAGUUGUUGAAGAAACCAUUAUGCCUCUGCCACUACCAGAUUCCGUGAAACCAAUUGACAUAGAAGAAGUUCGGGAACAAGUGACAGUAACGGAAGAACAAGUCGAAGGUCAAGAACCUAAGAAGAUCACUAAGAAGAAAGUUAUUAAACGGAAAGGUCAGAAACAGCAAGUGACUGAAGAAGUAACUGUGGAAGAGAAAGGUAAGAUUCCCAUUACGACCGUUACCGAAGGGCCAGAAGAGGAGAUUGUUGAAGAAACCACUUUGCCUCUGCCGCUGCAAGAAUUCGUAAAACCAACCGACGUUGAAGAAGUACGAGAACUAGUUACAGUAACCGAAGAAAGGAUAGAGGAACAGAGACCUAAAAAAGUAACAAGAAGGAAAAUUAUUAGACGUAAAGGGCAAAAGCAACAGGUGACUGAAGAAGUAACUGUGGAGGAGAAGGGGAAGGCACCGGUCACGACCGUUACUGAAGGGCCAGAAGAGGAGGUUGUUGAGGAAACCGUUUUGCCUCUGCCACUACUAGAGUCCGUGAAACCUACCGACAUAGAAGAAAUCCGAGAACAAGUGACCGUAACGGAAGAAAGGGUUGUAGGUGAAGAACCUAAGAAAAUCACUAAAAAGAAAGUUAUUAAACGCAAAGGGCAAAAGCAGCAAGUGACUGAAGAAGUGACGGUGGAAGAGAAAGGUAAAGCUCCCACCAUGACUGUUACAGAAGGGCCAGAAGAGGAAGUUAUUGAAGAAACCGUUUUACCUCUAGCACUACCAGAAUUUGUAAAACCAACUGACGUAGAAGAAGUCCGAGAACAAGUGACAGUCACGGAAGAAAGGGUUGUAGGUGAAGAACCUAAGAGAAUCACUAAAAAGAAAGUUAUUAAACGCAAAGGGCAAAAGCAGCAAGUGACUGAAGAAGUGACGGUGGAUGAGAAAGGUAAGGCUCCCACCACGACUGUUACAGAAGGGCCAGAAGAGGAAGUUCUUGAUGAAACCGUUUUGCCUAUAUCGUUACCGGAAUUUGUAAAACCAACCGACGUAGAAGAAGUACGAGAACAAGUAACGGUAACGGAAGAAAUGAUCGAGGGACAGAGACCGAAAAAGGUGACAAGAAGGAAAAUUAUUAAACGCAAAGGGCAGAAACAACAAGUGACUGAAGAAGUGACGGUGGAAGAGAAAGGUAAGGCUUCUAUCACGACUGUUACUGAAGGACCAGAAGAGGAGGUUAUUGAAGAAACCACUGUGCCUCCAGCACUACCAGAAUUUGUAAAACCAACUGACGUAGAAGAAGUACGAGAACAAGUAACAGUAACGGAAGAACGGGUCGAAGGUCAGGAACCUAAAAAGAUCACUAAAAAGAAAGUUAUUAAACGUAAAGGUCAGAAACAGCAAGUAACUGAAGAAGUGACAGUGGAAGAGAAAGGUAAGGCUCCUAUCACGACCGUUACUGAAGGACCAGAAGAGGAGGUUAUUGAAGAAACUAUUAUGCCUUUGCCACUACCAGAGUUUGUGAAACCAAUUGACAUAGAAGAAGUUGGAGAACAAGUAACAGUAACGGAAGAACAAGUCGAAGGCCAAGGACCUGUGAAGAUCACUAAAAAGAAAAUUAUUAAACGUAAGGGACAGAAGCAGCAAGUAACAGAAGAAGUGACCGUUGAAGAAAGAGGUAAAGCCCCUAUGGCAAGCAUAAAGGAGGGGCCUGUAGAGGAAAUUGUUAAAGAUAUCGUUUUACCGUCGCCAGAAAUAGAAGAUAUUAUUGAGACUAUCAAUAUUGUCACAUUGGAUUAUAUAGAAAACAUUAACGAGGAAAAGCCUCGAAGAAUAAAAAAGAAACGUAUUUUAUCAAAACCUGUAGAUGAGGAGCCAAACGUUACGGACAUAACGACAAUCGAAGAGGAGGGUAUUGAACCGGUGACAAUUGUCGAAGAAUGUGUUGAUGACAGUGAUAAUUUGUAUCCCACAAUAACUGAUAGUAUUAUGCCGCAAAUAAUAAAGGAAACAAAAGAAGAUAUAACCGUAAGCCGAGUUGUUACUGAUGAAGGACGGCCAAUAAAAUUGCGUAAGGCGCGUGUUACAACAAAAUGCGAUGAUGAGGAACAAGUUACCGAAAGAAUAACUAUUGAAGAUGAUACUGAAGAAAAACAGCCAACGACAACCACACUCGAUCUUCAUGCAGACACUAUACCAGAAAUACACGAUAAACGCAAACACAAAAGAUUGACAAAACACAAAAUCGAUGAGAAAAUUGAAGGAACAAAGAAGAAGCCAAUGUAUCAGGAACAACAGGCGAAGGAUGAAAUUCCAGAAGAAGUUGUGAAAGAAAUAGUGACAGAAGAAACGGAGAAACAACAGGCUCAACUUCUGGUAGAAACAAAAUCAGAAGAAUCAGUUAAAGUUACGAAAGUAGAUAUUAAGAAGGCACCAAAAGAAAAGAAAGAAAAGCCUGUCAUUGAGGAAGAGGAGGUAAUUGAAACUAUUGAAACACCCACACAGAAAAUUAUUAAAAAGAAAAAACUGCCAAAGGAAAAGGAUAAACGUGUCGAAACAAUUGAAGAAGUGGAACAAGUAACCGAAAUCAUUGAAACGCCAACUAAAAAAGUAGUUAAGAAAAAGAAACACGUGACUGGAACUGAUGAUAUUCUUGAAGAAGUUGUAGAGGAGAUUGCAAUGGAAAAACCAAAGGAAGAGAGAGCAAGAACUGUCGUGGAAGGCAAGCAGGAAACAGCGAUGGUGACAGAGAUAGACAUACAUAAAGCCCCUGUUAAGAUACCAAAGGAAAAAGUAGAUAUAACAGAGGAAAAGGCGAAAACUCUUGAUGAUAAUGUAUCGGAGGAAAUUACUGAAGAAAUUGUUAUAGAGAAACCAAAGAAGGAAAAAGCUGAAACUACAUUUUCUCCGAGAGAAAGUAUCGAAGUGACGCAGACAUUAACUGAAUCGCCCGUUACAAAGUUAACAGAAGAAAAACCUAAGCUAAAAGAAGCUGUAGUACGCAAAAUUGAAGACGAAAGAGUUACAUUGAAGAAAGUGACAAGAGAAGAAACGAGCACGAUUCCUAGUCAAGAAGAAGUAACUCUGGAAGUUAGUAAGGAAAUGGUAAGUGAAAAACCGAAAGAAGAGCAAGUACAAUCGUCAAUCAUAACGAAAGAAGGGCUCAAAGUCAUUGAAACAAUUCCGGAAACAGUUACGGAGGGUCUUCCUGAAAAGAUAAAACCAACGGAAGAAACAGCAGUACCAAUCGAAGAGGUAGAGCAACAAGCUGAAGUAAAAGAGGUUACUAUAAAGAAAGCGCCUAAGAAGGUUAAACCGAAACGUGCGGAUGAACACGAAGUUAAAGAAGAAGUUGUCGAAGAAAUUAUUCCUAAGAAACCAAAGGAAGAUAAAGCUAAAAAAGAUAUAAUGUUAAAAGAAGGUGUCGAAGUUACAGAAGUGGCAGCAGAAACAGUACCGGAAGAACUUAAACCAGAACUACCCACCGUCAAGAAAGCAAAACCGGAUGUCGCACCGGUAGAAAGUAUUGAAAUUACUGAGGUUACUACAGCUAUGGCAAAUGGUGAAGUAUUCGAGAAAAAAGAAGUAGAAACAGUUAAAGUUGAGGUAAAAGAUGAGAAAGAGAAGAAAUUAUCUCGUGCCAAAAAAGAAAAAAUUAUCCCGGAAAAGAAACCAGUUACUGUCGAAGAGAAACAAGAAGAGGGAAAAGUGGAAGAGAUGUUGCCAAUAAAACCUAAAACGGAAGAAAUAAAAAUAAGUGAAGUUCUACCAGAUACAGUAAAAGCCGCAGAGAUUAUCCCAGAAACUAAAAUUGCAGAAAUUCCCGAAAAGAAACUUGAAGAUAAACCACAAGAAGCAGAAAUAUUACCUAUAGAAAAGAAGGAAGAUGAAAAACCAAAAGAAGAAAUUGUCUCCGUUAUAGAAGAAAAACCUACCGAUGAAACAACCGAAAAAAUAACAGAAAAGAAGAUUGUCAAAAAGAAGAAAAAGAAACCUGUAAAGAAGGAUGAAAUAGAAGAAUGGAUAGAGCCCGAAUACGAAAGACCUGUAUUAGAGCCGAUGCCUGAGAAAAUUCAGUGGGAACCAACGAAAAAGAAGAAAGAAAAGAAAGUAUUACCCGAAGCUGUGCAAAAAUUAGUCCCGCAAAAGAUCGAAAGAAAAGAAAUCAAACCUACAAAAUUAAAGUAUACUGAACCGGCAGAAACAGUUCAAUUCGGGGCGAUUAAAUUAAAGAAAAUAACAAUUGUUAAGAAAAAAGAAAUCAGUGAACCAAAAUUCCCUAAAAUCAUGUUACGUAGCAGAAUCACAUUCAUCGGUGAUUAUCCACCAGAAUUACAGAUACCAAAGAUUACAUAUAUCGAAGAAAAUCCGAUUCAAACUGGCGUUUUGUCCAGAAAUGCAGAAGAAGCUUUAGAAGUUUUAAAGAAAAAGUACAAAAAGCGUAAAAUGACAGAGAAAGAAUUAGUUGAAUUGGAGAAAUUAGAUAAAGAAUUUGAUGAAUUAAAGAAAGUCCCUCUCGAGAAAAUAGAAGAUAAAUCUAUUUAUGAACGGGCACCUAAAAAGCCAGAAAAGAAACCUGAAGAACCACAAAAACUCGUUAUAGGAAAGGGUGAAGUAAAACAAGAACCUGAACUUGCUCCCGAAGAGGUUAAAUUAAAAACAAUUCCGGAAAAGAAACCAGAAGAGAUAACGGAAACUAAAAAGAAACCUAAAAAGAAAGAAACAACAGAAGAUGUACCACAUAAAGAAAAGGAAAAACCUAAAGAUAAGUUAGAAUUCGAGGAAUUCAAGCCAUUAGAAUUUGAUAGACCAGAAAUUGAAAAGUACGUACCCGAAGAGUUUGAAAAACCAGAGAAACCAGAACCUGAACCUGUUCCGGAAUCGUAUGAGAAACCUACGAGAAAGAAGCCUGAUCAAGAUGUAGAACAAAUUCCGUUAGUAAAAGGAAUACCAAAACCAAUGGAACCUGAAGAAGAACCUGAAGUCAAAUUCCGAAUACCACCGUCAGAGAAACCGGAAGAUGAGCCUGAAACAAUAACUUUGAAACCCUGGAAGAAAGAUAAACCCGAGGAGGAGCGCGAAAUCGAAUAUCCAACUUUAGAAAAAGAUAAAGUUCCGACGAAACCAGUAGAAGACGUAGAUGAAAUUACCGUAAAACAGAAAAUAAAACCAAAGAAACUCAAGAAAAAGCAAAUAGAGCCAGACGAAACUACGGAGGAGAUUACUUUAAAAAAGACACCUGAAGAGAAACCAGAAAUUCCAACAGAAGAAAUUUCAGAAAAGGUAUUACUAAAACCAAAAGAACCUAUUGAAGAAGCCGCAGAUGAAGUGACGGUCAAGAAACCGGUUGAGGAAAAAGAAGCCACUGAGGAAGUUACGUUGAAAAAGAAACCAAAGAGAAAGCCUGUCACAGAGGAAGCCGCUGACGAAGUUACUGUACAGAAACCCGUUCCAAAAGAAGAAGAAAAAGUGCCCGAAGAAGUAUCUGAAAAAGUGGAAUUAAAGAAACCGAAGAAGAAACCUGUAAAGGAAGAAGCUACAGAUGAAGUGACGGUUAAGAAACCAAUUAUUGAGGAAAAGAAAGAAGAAGUGGAAGAAAUUACCGAGGAAGUUAUGUUGAAAAAGAAACCAAAGAAAAAGCCUGUCACAGAAGAAGCCGUUGACGAAGUCACAAUACAGAAACUCGUUCCAAAAGAGGAAGAAAAGGUGCCCGAAGAAGUAUCUGAAAAAGUGGAAUUGAAGAAACCGAAGGAGAAACCUGUGAAGGAAGAAGCUGCAGAUGAAGUGACGAUUAAGAAACCAGUUAUUGAGGAAAAGGAAGAAGAAGUAGAAGAAAUUACCGAGGAAGUUACGUUGAAAAAGAAACCAAAGAAAAAGCCUGUCACAGAGGAAGCUGCUGCUGAAAUUACUGUACAGAAACCCGUUCCAAAAGAAGAAGAAAAAGUGCCCGAAGAAGUAUCUGAAAAAGUGGAAUUAAAGAAACCGAAGAAGAAACCUGUAAAGGAAGAAGCUGCAGAUGAAGUGACGGUUAAGAAACCAAUUAUUGAGGAAAAGAAAGAAGAAGUGGAAGAAAUUACCGAGGAAGUUACGUUGAAAAAGAAAUUAAAGAAAAAGCCUGUCACAGAGGAAGCUGCUGCUGAAAUCACUGUAAAGAAACCUGUCCCGAAAGAAGAGGAGCAAGUGCCAGAGGAAGUGACAGAGAAAGUGGAAUUGAAAAAACCGAAAAAGAAACCUGUGAAGGAAGAAGCUGCUGAUGAAGUAACGAUUAAGAAACCAGUUAUUGAGGAAACGAAAGAAGAAACAGAAGAAAUUACUGAGGAAGUUACAUUGAAAAAGAAACCAAAGAAAAAGCCUGUCACAGAGGAAGCUGCUGCUGAAAUCACUGUAAAGAAACCUGUUCCGAAAGAAGAGGAACAAGUGCCGGAAGAAGUGACAGAGAAAGUGGAAUUGAAGAAACCGAAAAAGAAACCUGUGAAGGAAGAAGCUGCAGAUGAAGUGACGAUUAAGAAACCAGUUAUUGAGGAAAAGAAAGAAGAAGUAGAAGAAAUUACUGAGGAGAUUACGUUGAAAAAGAAACCAAAGAAAAAGCCUGUCACAGAGGAAGCUGCUGCUGAAAUUACUGUAAAGAAACCUGUCCCGAAAGAAGAAGAGCAAGUGCCAGAGGAAGUGACAGAGAAAGUGGAAUUGAAAAAACCGAAAAAGAAACCUGUGAAGGAAGAAGCUGCUGAUGAAGUAACGAUUAAGAAACCAGUUAUUGAGGAAACGAAAGAAGAAACAGAAGAAAUUACUGAGGAAGUUACAUUGAAAAAGAAACCAAAGAAAAAGCCUGUCACAGAGGAAGCUGCUGCUGAAAUCACUGUAAAGAAACCUGUUCCGAAAGAAGAGGAACAAGUGCCGGAAGAAGUGACAGAGAAAGUGGAAUUGAAGAAACCGAAAAAGAAACCUGUGAAGGAAGAAGCUGCAGAUGAAGUGACGAUUAAGAAACCAGUUAUUGAGGAAAAGAAAGAAGAAGUAGAAGAAAUUACUGAGGAGAUUACGUUGAAAAAGAAACCAAAGAAAAAGCCUGUCACAGAGGAAGCUGCUGCUGAAAUCACUGUAAAGAAACCUGUCCCGAAAGAAGAGGAGCAAGUGCCGGAAGAAGUGACAGAAAAAGUGGAAUUGAAAAAACCGAAAAAGAAACCUGUCAAGGAAGAAGCUGCUGAUGAAGUGACUAUUAAGAAACCGGUUGUUGAGGAAAGAAAGGAAGAAGCAGAAGAAGUCACUGAGGAAGUUACGUUAAAAAAGAAGCCAAAGAAGAAACCUGUCACCGAGGAAGCUGCUGCCGAAGUCACUGUAAAGAAACCCGUCCCAAAAGAAAAAGUGCAAGUGCCGGAAGAAGUGACAGAAAAAGUGGAAUUGAAGAAACCGAAAAAGAAACCUGUCAAGGAAGAAGCAGCUGAUGAAAUUACAAUCAAAAAGCCUAUUAUAGAAAAAGAAAAGGAAGAAGAAAUUAUUAGCGAAGAUGUUGUUCUUAAGAAGAAGCCAACCAAGAAGGCUCCUGUAGUGGAAGAAGUUGAAGAGACAGCUAUAACGAUAAAGAAAAAGGAACGUGUUCCGGAACAACCUAAAGAGGAAGAAGAAGUGUCUACAGAUGUUUUAUUAAAAAGAAAGAAACCGAUGGAGAAAGUCGAAGAAGUAGCAGCAGAGGAAUUGACUAUCCAGAAAAUUGUGGAAGUGGAAGAACCGAAAGAAGUGAUCGAGGAAAUCACGUUGAAGCGUAAACCACCGAAGAAGGUACCGAAACCCAUCGAAGAAAUUUAUGAAGAUGUCACAUUACGUAAAUUACGACCGAAAAAGAAACCUCGACCAGAUAUCAAAGAAGUCACCGAAGUGGAAAACGUGACAUUUAGACCGCGCACUACGAAAACGAAGGAGGAUGUGGAACAGGAAUUUAAGAUCUCAUUGAAUACAUACGAAGAAGAAGAUAUUUCCAUGUCCGGUAAAGUCCGUCUAAAGCCAAAGAAACGUCCGCUUACAUAUUCCGAGGAGACUGGCGAAGAAACGAUCAAAAUCAUGCAAGAAAUCGAGGAUGAUUUCGGACCAGUCGAGGAAAUUAUCGAUGAAUCAGAAGAAGAAGGUAAAGAAUAUAGUGUCGAGGAGCUUGAUGUCGACGAAAUGAGAAUACCGUUAAGACGAAGAAAGAAGAAAGAGAAAGCUCCUUAUACCGUGGAAGAGAUUGAAGAAGACGUUAAAGUGCAAUUGAAACGCGAUAGGAAAUAUUCGUACGAGGAAACCGAUGCCGAAGUUUUGGCAUUGAAAUUAAAAAGCAAAAGACGUGUCUCGACAUAUGAAGAAGAAGAAGCUUCUCUUAGCAUUACUAGAGAAGAGGAGAUCUCUGAAGAAGAUGUCGAAUAUGUUAUUCAUGAUGGUGACACGAUGUUCUCAAUUUGUUCUUACGAGGCCGAAACAGACGAAGCUAUUAAUUUGGUCGAAGGAGAAAAAGUUUAUAUCAUCGACCAUACUAAUCAGGAUUGGUGGUUUGUGAAAAAACACUUGACCGAGGAGAAAGGCUGGGUACCAGCGCAAUAUCUGUUAAAUGAGGUGCAUUACACUGUUUAUUUGCAGCGAAAACUGCACGAAAAGAUCGACAGACUGCCAAUCUUCGAGAAGCCAGGUCCAGGAGAAAAAGCGUCGGCUCCAAGGUUUAUCGAAAAAUUACAACCGAUUCACACGCUAGAUGGAUACACCGUUCAGUUCGAAUGCCAAGUAGAAGGCACACCAAGACCGCAAAUAACAUGGUUCCGCCAGACCGCUAUUAUCAAACCGUCCGCCGAUUUCCAAAUAUAUUACGACGAAGACAACGUUGCAACUUUGAUUAUCAGAGAAGUAUUCCCGGAAGACGCCGGUAUGUUCACUUGCGUUGCAAAGAAUGCUGCAGGCUUCGCAUCCAGCACUACCGAGCUCAUCGUCGAAGCACCUUUGUCGGAUCAUGGGUCUGACAUCACUGGUCCUUCAAGAAAAAGUCUCUCGAGGGAAUCAUCUCUCGCUGAUAUAUUGGAAGGCAUACCACCUACAUUCUCUCGAAAACCAAAGGCGAAAUACGUGGAUGAAGGCGACGAUGUAUUAUUGGAAUGUCGACUGGUCGCUGUGCCGGAGCCGGAGAUAACGUGGUACUUCAAGGAUACUCAGGUAGUCAGCCAACAAAACAUCAUAGUCGCGACUGAGAGCGACAUGCACAUGUACUGCAGCAUCGUUAAGAUCAGCAAAGUUCAAAAGAAGCAGGAGGGAAGGUACAAGAUUGUUGCUAAGAACAGAGAGGGCGAGGCUACUAUAGAUAUUCCUGUAAAGGUGAAGACUGGAAAAAGCGAACCGCCCGAAAUCUUGGAGCCAUUGCAAUCCUACGUAAUUAAAGAAGGCGAGACUGUCGUCUUGUCCACUCAAAUAGUCGGCAAUCCAUCGCCCAAAAUAACAUGGUAUAAGGACGGGAAGCCGAUAAAGGGCUUGCAACCAAAGCAGGACAGACACGUUAACACAUUGAGCCUGAUCCAACCUAAAGUGGCAGAUACGGGGGAGUAUUCAGUCGUUGCUGUCAAUGACAUAGGCAAGGCCGAAACACGAGCUACACUGACCGUCGAAAUUGACUCCAAGUCCGCAUUCGUCACGCAGUGUACGAACGACAAGCACGUCUCGUUCGUUGAGGAGGUACCUAGCGGAGCGCCAGAGCCUCCGUUGUUCACCAAGCGCUUCCAAGAGGUCAUCGUGCCGGAGAAGGGUACCUUCAAGUUAGUCGCCAAAGUCACUGGAAAUCCCGUCCCGGAAGUGAUUUGGCUGAGGAACAACAAACCGCUCGAGAAAUCGCCCAACAUCACGGAGAGUUACGACGGCGAGAAUAUCCUGCUCGAAAUUAGAAACGCGGACUCCGAGACAGACGCCGGCGAUUACAAAUGUGUGGCCAAUAAUCCGGUCGGCAAAGCUUCUCAUGGCGCGAAAGUCACGGUGGACGUCGCUAAGGUCUCGUUCACAAGAAAGCUGCAGAGCGAAGUCACGGUAGACGAGUAUAAGACUCUGGAAUUGAACUGUGAGACUUCCCAUACUGUCUCCACGGUUUGGUGGCACAACGACAAAGAGAUCAGCGGAAUGGAUCAUCGUGAGGUGAUUCAAGAAGGACGUGUGCACAAGUUAGUCAUCAAGAAGAGCGGUCCUGCCGACGCGGGAACGUAUAAAUGCACCGUAAAGAAUCAAGUGACGUCUAGCAACGUCACGGUCAGGGCCACUAAGCCGGAGUUCGUGAGGAAGCUGCAAGACUUCGAGGUGAAGGAGCGCGACGUAGCGAUUCUCGAAGUUGAGAUCACGUCGCAAACGGCCGACGUCACAUGGCGAAAAGACAGCGAGACGCUGACGCCUAGCAAGGGUAAACUGGAGUUCGUGAAGGAUGGUACCGUCAGGAAACUUCUAAUUCGUAGUGCAUCAGUUCACGAUGAGGGAGAAUAUAUCUGCGCCUUGCCGGACGAGGAAUGCGCGGCGGAAGUAACAGUCGUCGAAUUGCCACCGGAGAUCAUUGGCAAGAUGCAGGACGUAAUUAUAGCCAGAGGCGAGAGAGCCACUUUCGAGAUAGAGCUGACGAAGGGUGACGCUCUAAUACGCUGGUUCAAGGACGGCCAGGAAUUGCAAUUCUCCGAACAUGUGCGCUUGUCGAUCGACGGCAAGAAGCAAAAAUUGAAGAUCUACGACACGGAAAUGGAAGACGCGGGGAUCUAUUCCUGCCAAGUCGGGAACCAGACUUCUUCAGCCAGGUUGACAGUCGAAGAACCUGAGGUAGAUUUUAUUAAAAAAUUGCCGGACGUUACCCUAGUGCCUCUCAAUACCGACGCGACUUUCCUUAUCGAAUUAUCGCGUGCCGAUGUACCGGUAACGUGGCUGAGGAAAGGCGAGAUCAUCGAUCGCACGCAAACUUCCAAAUACAGCAUCAUCGACGAAGGCAAUGUGAAGAAACUCAUCGUUAAGAAAUGCACAACUGAAGACAUCGCCGAAUAUACCGCCGCAGUCGCUAAUGUGAAGACUUCAUCUAGAUUGAAAGUCGAAAUUAUCGAGACACCGCCUAAGAUCAAUCCUGACACGCCCAGAAAAUAUAAAACAACAAAAGGUGACGACAUUGAUAUCGUCGUGAAGUUCAAGGCUACUCCAACACCAUCCGACGAAUGGACAGUGGACGGCCGCGUUGUCAAGAAAUCCAAACGAAUUGCCAUGUCCAUCGACGAAUGUUCUGCCGUCUUAACGAUCAGAGACGUGCAAGAGAAAGAUAUCGGUGAUUAUAAUCUGAAGCUGAUCAACCCCCACGGAGAGGACAGCAUAGAAAUUAACGUCAUCGUCGUGCAGGUACCUGGAGCACCAGGAACUCCCGAGCCUCUUGAGAUAACCGAUAACAGCAUCACACUUCAUUGGAAGCAACCAGAUUCGGACGGACACUCUCCGAUUGUGGAAUACAUUCUCGAAUACCGCGAAAAGACGGAGUCUUCAUGGAGCAAAGUCACAGAAACGAUAAACGAGACCACGUACAAGAUGACCAAGUUAACCACCAACAAAGAAUAUACUUUCCGCGUGACGGCUGUCAACGAAGCUGGACCAGGCGAGGCGUCACCGAAUACGCCAUAUCUGAAGAUCUCCAAAUUAUCGGCGUCAGAACCACCGACCAUCCUCGAGGCACUCCAGAGUGUCGUCAUCGGAUUGGGAGAGACUGUCACACUCUCAUGUGUAAUCGGUGGUAUACCGACACCUCACAUCACAUGGUUUAAGAACGAUGUAGCCUUCGAGGACAGCAGCAUCACGUAUGAAAAUCGCGUGACUAAGUAUACUGUUCGACAAACCACAGAAACGUCUUCGGCCACGUUUACAGUCAAAGCCCAUAAUGACGCAGGAACAGCGGAAACGUCGUGUCAAUUGAAGAUUCAGGAAUCUCCGAAGAUCAUCUGUGAUGAAAACUUGACUAACCAGAGGCUACCGGUGGCCGACAAAUGGAAGAUCGAUAUUCGCUUUAGCGGUUUCCCAAAACCAGAGGUAACGUGGACGAAAAACAACAAGAAGAUCACCGACAAAAACAUUUCCGUGGAGACGAGAGAGGACACAUCCGUCAUCUUGAUUCCUUCGCUCGUGAGAGACGACACCGCCAGCUAUACUGCAAAAGCAACGAACGAGGCUGGUAGCUCAUCGAUAGAAUGUCAUCUCCGAGUCAUAGACAAGCCGAGCAAACCUCAAGGACCAGUUAUCGCGAAAGAGAUCAGACAAGAUCGCGUCACUAUUGAAUGGCGGCCGCCGGUCGAUGACGGUGGUGUAGAAUUAGAAAGAUAUACCAUCGAGAAAUGCGAAGUGGACAAACAAGUCUGGACAAAAGUGGGUGACGUCGACAAGGAAGUCGAGAGUUUCUGCGCACAAAAAUUGCAGCAGAAUGUCGAUUAUGUGUUCAGAAUAGUCGCGAGGAACAUUGUUGGACCAUCGGAUCCUUUGGAAUCCGAACCAAUUAGAACUAGGACUUCAUUCGAACCCCCGGGCCCGCCGAGAGGACCUCUCGAAGUAUCCGGAAUGACGAAGACGUCGUUCACAAUCAAAUGGGAGCCUCCGGAGAACGACGGCGGUACUCCCAUCACAGAUUACAUCGUCGAGAUAAAAGAGACAUCGAAGAAAGCCUGGCGACGAAUCGCCGAAACAAAAGGAGAUGUUACCAACACCGUUGUGUCCGAUUUGAAAACGGACGCAUCGUACAACUUCCGGAUAACAGCUAAGAACAGCGUCGGAACCGGUCCUCCGUAUACAGCGGAAGAAGCGAUUACGGUGGGGAAACGACCUAUGAUCAUAAAGCUUACAGAAAGCAGCAUGUACGCGCUACUAGGCAUAUUUCCACCGACAAAAAUGGUCGUUGUCAAGACACCACCUUCGUGUCCACUAAAUGUGCGAGCGACAAAUGUCACGAGCAAAAGCGUCACUCUUAGUUGGUCGCCACCUGCUAGCACAGGAGGAUCGGAAUUGAUAGGCUACGUGAUUGAAAAAAGGCCAUUAAUUGGAAAAGGCGCCAGAUGGACGAAAAUUGUGACUUUAGACGCGACAACGCAUCAAUAUUGCGUAGAGAAUCUGAAGGAGAGCGAAUUUCUCUUCAGAAUUUUCGCGGAGAAUAGCGUAGGACUCAGCACACCGACCAAUAGCGAACCGAUUACGCUGAAGACUCACGCUAACGUCCCAUCGCCACCUACCGCCCCAUUAGAGAUGAGGCAAAUCGCGGCGAAUACAAUGGUCAUCGAAUGGGGCAGACCCGAAUCGGAUGGCGGCGCGCCCUUGGAAGGUUACAAAAUUGCUAUCAGAGACGCGAGAAAGACCAUGUGGAUGGAAGUAGGAAGAGUGGGCGCAGACGUUCAAAAACUGAUGAUUAGAGACUUGCAAGAAAAUCACGAAUACCUCGUGAGAAUCUUCGCACGAAACGAGAUCGGAUUCAGCGAUCAUUUGGAAUCAGAAGAGCCCUUUAAGAUCGUGCCGACCUCAGAAUUGUCGAUUGUGGAGCCAGUCGCAGAAGCUAUGGACAAAGGCGAGACCCCGUCGAUCAGCUUCAGCACGGAAAAUACAAGCUCAUGGUUGCGGGAGCAUAAUAUGGAUGCCGAUAUACAUUCGUAUGCGAGAGCGAGAUUACUCCGAAAAGACGAGUAUUUCUUCCGCAUUUGGCAUUACGCUAAACAGCUGUUCGAAUAAGCAUUUGUACACACGUGUAAAUCUCUCUCUUUUUCUCUGAGCAUUCGUAUCGCAGUGUGCUACUAAGCGAGUACAAAUAAUCCCUUCCGCAUUUUUCCGCAAUUUUGACUUUCCUUAUCAAACAAUCUCUAUCACGAAUCUAUGCACGCCUGACUGUUAGCACAAUAUCGAAAGCACCAUUGAUGGUUUUUCCCCCCCCUAGAACUCCAAAGUAGCAAUUGUUAGAUGCGUCAAAACUGAGAAUUACGAGACUGGACAAAUGCUUGUCGAGUGCUAAUCUAGUCAGGUCAUCACAGAGUGAUCAGAGUGAUCUUUCUCUCUUUGCCGCCAAACCGGAUAACUUACCGGUAUGUCUGUCAUACGAGCGACGUCACCUCUUAUUCCAGUUUCGUUGCUCGAAUAUUAUUUUACCGUUACUACUCGUGCAGUUCCAGAGAUUGUUCGUAGCUAAAGUCCGAUUCGCAUUAUUCGCGACUAGUGGCGAACAACGAAGCGUUAGAUAUCCCCUGUAAUCAGAAUGUAAUCAAAACCAUGUGGCAUUCUACAACUACUAACGAUGUAUUUAUAAUUGCGCGACUACGUUACGUUCGUUUCUACUUGUAAGGCAAAGCUGAAGCUUGCGAUGGUUACUUUAGUAUUUAUUCUCCACGCAUAUAAUGUAUAUUGACUGUUUCUCGCGUUAUUACUGUUACACUUAGCUGUUAAUUCUUACGUGUAAUAAUUAAUUAAUUAAUAUCAUCGAUAAGAUCGAUACACACUAAUGGAUAACGAAGCGAAGAAAUACUGCGCGUAUUUGGUGAACGAGACGUAAAAUAUAGGUGCAACAACAUCAUUUUAAUCAAACCAACGACGCGUCGUAUACUUCGCAUUACCCAUAUUGUAAAAUAUUUUAUCAAAUAAAUUAUUGCAAAUCA